UCAAUUAGAAUCUGUAAUUACGCCCAUCAUAACUGUCAGCACCAAGUCCAAUGGUCUCUUAGUGGGACCUACAUGUAUGAGACAGGUUUAGUUUGAAAAGCACUCAAAUUAAUAUUUAUUCAAAUUGUUAAUUGUAUAUUAAUAAUGAAUGCCUUAUUGGUUUCCUUUUAUUUAUUUAUUUUUCUCUAAAGCAGGGGUUCCUCCUGUGCUCCCAUCUUCACAGUUUGUCUGGCUGAGGAAAUACUGGCAAAGAAGUCUUCCUAAUCUGAACAGUUUCUUCACAAGUAGCAUGAACCGGAUUGAGGAUCCAGAACAAAAUCACAUGGAUAUCAAAUCUGAGUCAGGUGUGUCAGAUAAGAGAAUUUACAGGGUUAUUACUAAAGUGAGAAUUCAAAGUAGAUUCUAAGAGAUUGUCAGGGGGUACAGGCAUUACUCCAGUAAGGGGCCUGCUCUAGCCAGGAAGCAUACAAGCAAGGGUCUUGUUGGGUAGACAGAAAUAUUUUCCCACCUGGACUGUAUUGAAGAUAUACUAAAGAGUAGGCUUCUUACUUGCAAAGACUGCUGGUCAAAUGUGACGUCGGUGUCUGGUAGUGUGUGAGUGUGAAUGCAGAGUACAAGGGUGUGUGGGGCAGUACCUAUAGAAACAUAGAUAUAGAAUGUGACGGCAGAUAACCAUUCGGCCCAUCUAGUCUGCCCAAUUUUCUAAAUACUUUCAUUAGUCCCUGGCCUUAUCUUAUAUCUAGGAUAGCCUUAUGCCUAUCCCACGCAUGCUUAAACUCCUGUUAACCUCUACCACUUCAGCUGGAAGGCUAUUCCAUGCAUCCACUACCCUCUCAGUAAAGUAAUACUUCCUUAUAUUAUUUUUAAACCUUCGCCCCUCUAAUUUAAGACAAUGUCCUUUUGUUGUGGUAGUUUUCUUCUUUUAAUUAUAGUCUCCUCCUUUACUGUGUUGAUUCCCUUUAUGUAUUUAAAUGUUUCUAUCAUAUCCCCCAUCACGUAUUUACCUCCAAGCUAUACAUGUUAAGUUCCUUUAACCUUUCCUGGUAAGUUUUUUUUCCUGCAAUCCAUUAACCAGUUUAGUAGCCCUUCUCUGAACUCUCUCUAAAGUAUCAAUAUCCUUCUGAAGAUACGGUCUUACAAUACAAUACUCCAAGUGAGGUCUCACCAGUAUUCUGUACAAUGGCAUGAGCACUUCCCUCUUUCUACUGCUAAUACCUCUAUCUAUACAACCAAGCAUUCUGCUAGCAUUUCCUGCUGCUCUAUUACAUUGUCUGCCUACCUUUAAGUCAUCAGAAAUAAUCACCCCUAAAUCCCUUUCCUCGGAUGUUGAAGUUAGGACUCUAUCAGAUAUUCUGUACUCAGCUCUUGGGUUUUUUAUAUCUAAGAUGCAUUACCUUGCACUUAUUCACAUUAAAUGUCAGCUGCCACAACUCUGACCAUUUUUCUUGUUUACCUAAAUCAUUUGCCAUUUGGCUUAUCCCUCCUGGAACAUCACCUACACUGUUAGCUAUCUAGGUGUAGGUCAGUGGGUAUAUGCAUGUGUUUAUCUGUCUAGGAUACAUAUGUAUAUCUGUUUGUACCUGGUAAUGUGAAUUGGUGUAUGCAUGUGUGGAAGUGUGUUUGGGAAUGUCUGUGUCUCUGUGAGUAUUCGUGAGUGCUUGUGUACACAAGACUGGGAGAGGACAGCUGGGGGGCAGUAAUUUUGUGAAAGACAGAAAGGAACAGAGACAUAUGUAUAGUGAGACAGAUAAGACAAUACUGAAAAGAUACACUUGAUUAAAGUAAAGAUACUGGCAGAAGAAGAAACUAGAGAAAGGUGAGAAGACAUGUGGAAUGCAUUAGGGACUGCAAACUGGAUUUUUGCCUUAGACAGUAAAAUUGUGGAACCACCCCUGAUAAUUUGUGUUACAGUCUCUAUUACAUUUUAAGAUUAAAUUUAAAAUAAAUAAAUAAAUUAUAUAUAUAUAUAUAUAUAUAUAUAUAUAUAUAUAUAUAUAUAUAUAUAUAUAUAUAUAUAUAUAUAUAUAUAUAUAUAUAUGUAUAUGUAUCAGUCUAUAAAUUUGGCAUUGGGUAUGGAACAUACAUUGCUCCCGCUUGUGCACACAUUUGAGGUAAACACAAACUAUGUUCUUUUAACAAUAAAAAGUGCAAAUGUGUAAACACAGCUGCCUAACUGACACGGUGCCAGUAUUGCAGCCCCAAAUGUAUGCAAUUAGAAGAAUUAGAAGACGGCAUUAUUUUGAGCAACUAGAGACUUUUGUUUAAUGAAAAAUCUAAUGAUAGUAAAUUUACUGUAUUCCAACUAAAUUCUCCUAAACUGAUUGUUAACUCCACUCAUAAUGCUUGCAUCAACUUAAGUUUCACUACUGACAAAGUCCUAAUUUAUUUCACUAUGAAUUCAUUUUCAAUGCCUUAGGAUCAGUGUCGGACAUAGUCUAUCUAGCCACAGUUUCCUGGUCAAAACCAUUCUUUAUGCUGAUGGUGUGUACGUGAAACGUGCCGCCCUGUAGCAGAUAGAAUAUAUAUACAUACAUUGUUUGGUAGAAAUACAGAGGCAAGAAAAAGCAAUAAUAUACAAUUCAUUACAAUGAAACUUAGACAAUACAUUAAGUUGUUGCUAAUAGGUGAUACUAAAAGGAUUUAAUUACCAAGUGAGUUAAUUUGUACCGAAUAUCCUUUUAAUUGUUUACUCCAGUGGCUUGAUAUUAUAAUUUUGGAUUUUGCUGCUUUUUGUUAUAUAUUCUUUUUCAUUAUUUUUUAUUUUUUUAUUUUUUUUAAAGUUGCAAUGUUUACACUUCCAUCCCCUUAUGGGACAAUGAGAAUCUACAUGUUAUAUGCACGUUUGUCACAGAAAGCAAAAAGCAGAACACAUAUAAUUGUAAUUGAGUCGUACUGAUGCUCUUUUCUCUCUUUUCCUUCACAAAUCGACUAACAUGCAAGUGUUUAUUAUUGGGCAGACAGUGUUACAUGUGUCACCUAGCAAGCAGUAAGUCUUAUAAAUAACAUGAUGUGAAACUUCCUAGCUGUGGUCACGUGUUCUAGUAGUGGUUUUACUCGAAGUCCAUGCAGAUUAACUCAUCCCAUAGGCAGGCACUAGCUGUGUUUCACCACUUCCGGGGUGGUGCGUUUCAAACCUCUAUCUGGGUUCUCGGCGCAGAUUGGUUUAAACGAAAUGUGGGCAGGUGGCCCUUACUGUGAUUGGCUAGCAUGUGUUGCUGUUGUGGUAGCGGUGUGGCUGCGGGCAGGGCCCUUGGCUGUCAGUAAAGGCAGGAAGAGCUGCUGAGAUGUCUGGCCGGGGCUCGCAGCGCAUCGGUAGGAGUAAUGGAUAAUGGCUGCACUGCAAUAGAAACCCAGUAGCCGAUAUAGAUCUCUAUGGGGAUUCGCAAAGUGCUGUGGCAUGGGCUUGUCAUGUUAAUAAAGGGCAAUUCUGGGUCAACGUUCUAAAACUGGAAUGGUCAGCAUGGACUUGCCAUUGGUUUCCAUGGUGACUUUAGAACUUUCCCCUAGAUUUAUUCUUAAUGCGUGCCUCCCUUAAGUCUAUACCUGUCUGUGUAGGAUUGAUUUUAAGUAGUGCUGGUAUGGACAGGCACGUGUGUAUACUGGGAACAGAAUUAAUAUAUAUAUAUAUGUGUGUGUGUUAAUGCCUACAUGUAGUAAUUAAUCCAUCAGUGUGCUCUAAGCCACUGGUCAAGUGCUAUUCUAGGUCUGUAUGUUGCUUUCAGCCUGACACAUGCAAAUGCAAGGUAUAAUGGCCCUAUGUUUAGAAUGUUUAUUAAAACAUGCAUCAUGUAGGACACUAAAGUUUUCAUUAGAUUAUCCAGUAGUUUUCCUUGAAAUGUGUGAUGUGUGGGGAGUCUUUGUAUUACCAUACAGGUUAGGUGUAGGGGGACGUAUUGUAGAGUUCCUGAAGAUGUAUUAUUUAUUAGGACAAAAGUGAAGUACAUGAGAUGACUUGUGCAUUUAACUUUUUUAUGUUCUACUCAUUUGUAAAGCACCAAUAGAAUUUUGCCCAAAUGAUCAAUUUAUGUAAUCAGUGAAGUCCUUAACCCCUUAAGGACACAUGACAUGUGUGACAUGUCAUGAUUCCCUUUUAUUCCAGAAGUUUGGUCCUUAAGGGGUUAAAUUGGUUAAUUCACCUGCAGUACCAAUUCAACAUCAGGGUUAAAUAAUACAGAAAUCCUUUUAACCGUCCAAGGCUGGUUAUAUGAACUCACUUGAUGUAUGUAUCUCCCAAUACAUUCUUAAAAAGUGAAGUCCCAGUAUGCCAUUCAUUACAAAAUAUUUCUAAUUUUUUUUUUUUUUUUUUUCAUAGCAAGUCACUGUACAUUAAAUAUCUUGUAUUCCUGCACUGGAUGUGGAAUUUCUAUGACUGUUUGAAUGGUCUUGAAAUUUGACUUUUUCUUCUUACCUGCAAAUUGUAUGUUGUUUAAAAUCUAUGCACUUGUCAGCUGACACACAAAGCCAACCAAUGCUGUACAAGUGUGGACACAAUCAUCAUUGUUAAUGCAGAAGUGAGACUCCUGUAUUAACAAUGAUGGGUAUGGGGCAAUAAAGUGAUCUAAAAUGUCGCACCCAUCCAGGGUAAGUAGUAAACAGUUUUAUGAACAAUUUGACAACUCACUGGUUGCAUGCUACCACAAUGUCCCUUGCUGCUGGAAACUGUUGCAAGGCGUCAACUGAGAAUUCUCUGCCAAUGAGUGUGGCACGGCCAACUUAACUUAGUGGCAGGAGCAUCAAGUAGCUGUUGAAGUGGUGGUGGCUACCUGUCCGGACCCAGGUUAGUUGUCAAACUGUUUUUUAAAAUAUUUGACUACUUACUCUAGAAGGGUGCCUGCAAUGGUUAUGGAGCUUUGAAAGUUCAUUUUAAUCAUUGUAAUAACACAGUAGAUUUUUUUUUUUUUUUAAAGAAGGUGGCAAAUCAACUAUUUUUUUUUUUACGUUUAUAAAGACCGCAUUAAGGUUUAUUGGUGUUUCCUCUAUUUGAACUCUAGCAUGGAUCAUUAAUUGUUCCUCAAAUUCAUGAUUUUGUGUUGUUUGUGGUAUUUACCUUCUAAACCACAUCCUUAUUACUGGUCUAACGUGAUUCCUAUUUAAUGAAUUGGAUACUUCCUAUGAAUUGCAACAUAUGUUAUUGUAUUCUAUAGGUGUAUUUAGACAGUAAGUCAGUUGUUAAAACUUUGCAUGUAUCAGGCAACUGACCUUUUUGAUUCCACUGAUAAAUCUUUAAUAUGACAAGAUGUCAUAGAUACAAUGCCUACUAUUGAUAUGCUUGCUUUUAGCAAAUAGUGUAGUCGUGAUAAUACCCACAUGCUUGUGAAAAAUUCCAUCUAACCUUACUUAGGAAUACUAAUUUUAAAAUACAGUACGUGAAGCAAUAUGUAACCCCCCCCCUAUUAACCAAAUUUGUACAGAGACCGCAAAGUCUCUCUCUUUUUUUAUUUAUUUUUUCUUUAAAAUCAUAACAAGCUCAUCUAAAUGCACAGAAAAGUGCCUAAAAAGACCUGACCUAAACAGGGAGGACAAUUCGAUUUAUGGUAUUACAGCGCAGUCAAGAGAAAAGCCACUUUAACAACAAAGUAUCAGGCUUCAAUCUAGUUUGAUACAGCGCUUCUUAACAUUGCGUUUUGUUUCUAAUCAAUCAGUGUUAUCUGCGCAAUGCUUCUCUGCAUCCUUAUUAAGCAGAUGGUACUUUGAACUAGAGUUCAUCACAUUGGCUCCUUUAAUAGUCUAAUGCAUUUGAUCUAGCUAUUUUGAACAGUGCACUGUAGUGGUUUUGAUACUUGAAGUGUUCCCUAAAGAGCUACAAUUAAAUAAACCUAGAAUUUAAACAAUGAAAAAGCAGUAUUGGCUAAAACAUGGAUUUGGUUUUUCUUUAAAGGACUACUCUAGGCACCCAGACCACUUCAGCUUUUAUUAUUAUUUUUUUUUUUUAUAAACAUAGCUGUUUCUGAGAAACUGCUAUGUUUAUAAUAGGGUUAAUCCAGCCUCCAAAGCCUCUAGUGGCUGUCUCAUUGACAGCCGCUAGAGGUGUUUGCAUGCUUCUCACUGUGAAAAUCACAGUGAGAAGACGCCAGCGUCCAUAGGAAAGCAUUGUAAAUGCUUUCCUAUGAGACCGGCUGAAUGCGCGCACAGCUCCUGCCACGCAUGCGCAUUCAGCCGAAGAGGAGGAGGAGAGCUCCCCAUACGGCGCUGGAGAAAAGGUAAGUUUAACCCCUUUCCUCUCUCCAGAGCCCGGCGGGAGUGGGACCCUGAGGGUGGGGGCACCUUCAGGGCACUAUAGUGCCAAGAAAGCGAGUAUGUUUACUAUAGUGGUCCUUUAAUUGUUUCAACCCCCUAUGUGGUAAUAGUUUGCUUUGAUCCUUUUGCAGUUUUCCAUUAAUAUUGUAUUAGUUUAUUUUGUUGUUUACUUGUUCCUCCCUUAAAGUGUUUAUUUAGACAUGAAUUUUUUACCGUUCCAUUGAUAAAUGUAGUGCUUUGAGGAGUACAUAUGGAAGAUGAGCAUGUCUGUUUUUUUGUUUUGUUUUUAUUCCGAAAUAUGCUUGAUAGUUUCCCUCCUUUGUGUGAACUAGAUGGAUUAAUAACCUUGGAAAAAGUAUUGUGUGACAGGAACAGCAGAUAUCAGUGAUGAGCUCUCGCCACCAGUAAUUUAAGAAAUAAAUGUUCACAAGUAGCAACACUGUGUUCAGGAACAGUACAAGGAACUUUAUUGUUAAUAGCAAGGAAUGUUACAGUAUGCAUUAAAAUGUUACUGUCACUUUUCUAGAAAUUACACCACUGAAUAAAAUAUUGAGUCACUUAUAACUUGUUUUAAAGGGACACUGUAGGUACCAAGACCACUUCAGCCCAUUGGAGUGGUCUGGGUGCAAACUCCCUUGACCCUUAACCCUGCAAGUGUUGUUAUUGCAGUUUUUAUAAACUGCAAUAAUUACCUUGCAGGGUUAAGUCCUCCACUGGAGGGACUUCUGGCUUCUUAGAUGACUUUUCAGUCGCCAGAAUCCCCAUAGGAAAGCAUUGAAUAAUUAGCGGCGGGGGCGGUGUGUGGGCGGAGGCUGAUCCAGCGCCGAGGGACAUCGGCACUGGAUUCAGGUAAGUGUCUGAAGGGGUUUUAACCCCUUCAGCGAUGUGGGAUGAGGCACUCCAGGAUUCUACAGUGCUAGGAAAACUAGUUUGUUUUGCUGGCACUAGAGAAUCCCUUUAAAGGUCCACUAAAGUCACCCAGGCUACUAUAUCUCAAUGAAGCUCUGUCCUUUUUAUCUCUGCUAUGAAUUUUUUUUUUUUAAGAAACUGCAAUGUUUAUAUUGCAGGGUUAAAUCCUCUUCUAGUGGCUGUCAUACUGCCAUUUGCAAGAGGUGCUUCUGCAGCACUGACUAAGGAAAACUUGGUCACAUGACAUGGAAACCUUCGUAGGAAAGCAGUGAAUUAUUGCUCUCCUGUGGGAAGCUUGGAUAUGUAUGUGGUGUUUACCCUGCUUUACCCUGCUUACUCUCCUCUGUGAGGAGAAUUGGAUUGAACCAUUGCAGGUGAGGUCAUACCUCGUCCAUGACGUUAUGGGCAUCAGUGAGAUACAUUUUCUAUCCUUUCAUUUCACCAGUAAAAUGUUCUUUCACUUCUCUUUUUACAACUAGUCUAAAUUUAGCUGUAUUUUCUAAGUUGGAUAUUUCUACGAAAAAUGGCACAAUUAAAUAGAGAAAAGCAGGCACUUUUUAGAACAAAUUACUAAUUACAAACAGAAAAGAAAAAUUGGUUACGCCUCCCCAUUGUUUUAUUGAUUCGCUUUUCUGUAUGCUAACUGCUAGUUGCAAAAGAGAGCACUUCUAACAAUGAUUGAUAUGGAGCUAAAAUGGAGGUGCCUAGUGUUGGGCUAAAGAACCAUGAAUUGAUACAAUUAAAGUGGCUCUGUCAUUCCUCCAGCAGAAGACUAUGGCAGUAGAUGCUUUAAUUUUAUUUUUAAAAAUAUUUUUAUUUAUUUAUAAAAGCUAUGUAAGCAUGAGAAGUGACAACAAUGUGUAUUAAUAUAACCUGCAUCUCUACUUAGUUGGCCUGCUUGAUUAUUGGUUAUUUUCCUUUGUAGAGCAGCGUGGUGUAUUUAUUUGUUGUUGCAUAGCAAGCGAUGUAAACCUUCACACAUUAUUACACUACAUUUGUUAACCAUAGGAAAUGCUUUUUUUUUUUUUACGGCACUGCCCAAAUGCAAGAAAAAAAUCACUGAUUAGUAGAUAUAGCCCCAAUGAAAACAUUAUGCAUUAUUUUCAUUAGGGAUUUAUCUAAAAACAGCUUGCAAAAGCUGCAGAUCUCUUAUCUUACUCCAGAUAUAGGCAACCAUUGGCACUCCAGAUGUUGUGGACUACAUCCCCCAUAAUGCUCUUACACCCAUAAUGCUGGCAAAGCAUCAUGGGAGGUGUAGUCCAAAACAUCUGGAGUGCCGAAGGUUGCCUAUGCUUGUCAAUCCCUCGCCUCCCACAUUUUCAGUCGCUGUCCAAUCCAGGACUUACUGCAAGGCAGGUGCUCUGAGCUAACCAAACCAGGAAGUAACAGGACCUGUUGUCUGAUUGACAGAUACGGGGUGUAACUAGGUUAAUUUGUAAAUGUGCCAAUUUCCAUUAAAAGCUGCAUUUUUUUUUUUUGUAAAAAAAUUUAAAAAAGGCACACUCUUCACCCAUGAAGCAUUUCAGCAAGCUAAAGUUCUUUAGGAAUCUGGAGUGUCACUUUUGAACCAUCACUUCCCAGGAUUUCUAACAUUAUUUACUUAUUUGUAUCUUUACCAAAUAAGUACAGUAUUUUUCUGUGUAUAAGACGCCCCUAUAUUUUUUGAACCCAAAAUUAAGAAAUACAUAUUCUGAAUCUAAACACCUAUAGCACUGAAGUCCAGUUUGGCUGAUCAGGAUUCCUCACCAGUACUGGGCCCCCUCACACUCCGUUAGGCCGCUCCCUAAAGUCCGGACACUGGUUCCGUGGACUGUUGGCAGCAACGAUGCCUUCUGCCUGCGGUACCCUAUGAGGGCUAUCCGGACAAGGCCUCAGUCUGCGGCAUCUAUCUGUAGUCCGGAGGCGUGAGGUCUUGGCGUGGUCAAAAGUGAUGUGAGGAAGCAUGCAGUAGUGCAAGAUCCGCACACACAAUUGAUUAAAUUCACCAAGAAGCGGUGUACAACACAUUAUUCCCACAGGAACCUGGCAGUAGCGAACACAACAGUCAGCUAAAUGUUCUGUCAGCAAGUAGCCAAGUUUUGUGCCCAAAUUUUGCUGAGUAACUACCGUAAGUAUUUGGUUUAAUAAUUAGAUUUUUUUGAAGGAGCUCCAGCUUGGUUGACUGUCAGGCCCCGCGUACAAGAGUUUUUUUUUGUUGUUGUUUUUUUAACCCUGCAGUGACAUUCCAUGUAUAGGACAACCCCCAGUUUUAGACUAGAACAUUUUUUUAAAAAAAACCAUACUUUUAUACAGGUUUGUAAGGUGUAAAUAUUAUAAAUAUUAAAUGUUGGAAUCCAUACUAGCAUAGUCCAUUUUAACUUUAUUUUAAUCAUUGUUAAGCUCGGCCUUUGGUCCGUGGCACACAGCAUGCAGGUAAGAGGGUACAUGAUUUUAUCAGAGCUUAAAAUUACUUGCUAGGCCACUGCAAGUCUGCAAGCAUCUAUGGCACAAUCACCAGGGGUUAAUGCCUGCUCACCAGUACUAAAUUUACAACAGCCAAUGGCAAGUUGGCAAGUGGUGUUGGUAAAUUUUCAGCUAUUUAGUCCAUAUUUGAAACCGAAUUUAAAUUUAAUGACAAAACAACUAAAUUGGGGGGGGGGAAGUCAGCUAUGCUGCCAGUUUGGCAAUUUUGGUCACAAAUAUGAAAUCCAAACACUAUUUAUAUUUCCCAAGCUCAACUGCUAUAUUUGCCAUGGCUUUGCCUGGUCAAACCUGGAUUAUGAUGUCCUUUGCUAAAUGUUUAAUGUAUAGUUAAAAGAAAAUGGAGCGUCACAUGAAAAAUGUUAACGCAAAUUAUGGGUGAUUUUUCAAUGUUUUAUUAAAUGUACUUUCCAAAGGAUUGACAGUUCCCUUUUAAUCAACCCACAGGAAAAUGUACACUUUGUAGGCUGUUUGUUUUACUUGUGAAAUUUUAGUUUUUUUUUCCAUUUUUGCUAUUUGUAAAAGAGAAACCAGUCACAAAGGAAAUGAUCUGUGAACCAAGUUGCAAAUUUGUUUCCCUCCUACAUAUAUGUUGUGUAAUGUCUAGACCAGAUACUCAAAGCAGUCUUGAUGCACUUGUUAUCCACAUUGUCUUGGUAAAGCAUAAUACCAAGUAAUGUUUGAUACUUAUAUAUGCCUAAUAUACUAAUUAGACUGGCUAUCUAAUAGCGUUACUUGCCAGGCAGGGAUACAGAGUGAAUUUCAAAAUUUAGGCAAAAAUGAGUUCAGGAAAAAAAUCUCCAGUUCUGUGAUCAGUUUGGCUAUUUUGGCCAUAUAAGUGAAAUUUGCUUUGAAUUCCUUGCAAUUCUCACUUUAGUGAAUUAUCGUGUAAGUGUUUAUCCCCACAAUCCCAGCAAAGUACAUUGUAGUUGGCUAAUCCUUAAGAGAGGGCACACUCUCUUACUGAGAUUAUGGAGAAACCGUAAUUUUAUCGUAUUUAAGAUGGGUUAAAGUUUACCUCCCAAGAAGCGUGAUAAUAGUAAAGAGGGGGGGACUGGUCACUGAAGUGAUUGCACCAGUGGCCUCCUCCAAAAGGUGGCUGGUUCAUCUAAAACCGCCGACACUGAGGGCAAACUCUGUAGGAGCACUGUUUCAGUGCUUUGUGCAGGGCCCUAGUGCCCUGAAUAUAUCGCAAUCAUGCCUAGUGAUGCUCUGUCGCUGUGCUUGUUGGGGACACCAAGGAACUAGGUUGGAACGGUGGGACAGUAUCUAUCUGCAAAUUGGGACUGUCCUGCUGAAAUCUGGACAGUUGGGAGGCUUGUAAACGUAUUGUAGAAUCACUAAUGAUUGUUGCCAGCCUAAUGGCUCUUAGAGCAAAAUUGGUAAAGUUGUUCUACAAGCACUUUUAGUCUACCUUUUAGCCAAACAUACGUUAUAGAUAUGUGUGCAAUUUUGAUUGCUUUAACUUAAAAUUUAUUUCUCUCUUUCUAAGAGUUUUGUGGAACUUUUCAUAUUUUGUAACAUAUUUAUGCUGUGUUGAACAGUUCUCUGUUGUUAAAGAGUACUGUAGUAAAUUUUUGUAAGGUCUAGCUCACUGACAGAGUAUUUACCUGCAGAAGUUUCAUGAAGGAGAUUCUGGCCCUCUGGUAAGGAAGUGACUUGUGUCUGGCGGAGUAAGUAGUAAAACAUUUGGCAUAUGGUUUGCUUACUAACAUUACGGGUAAGAGGGCAACAUGGCACUCAUGGCACCAUAGCAAACAGCAUGUAGUAGUAAUGGUUAUGAUGUUCAGACAUACUUUUUAGUAUGGCUUACCUAUUGGAAAGAGCUUAUUCUAUAUUGUAAAGCGCUGCAGAAUUAGUUGGCGCUAGGGAUCAACCGAUUAUCAGUCUGGCCGAUAUUCGGUAUUUUCGUUAAUAUCGGUAUCGGCCAAUAAAGAUACAUGACAAGCCCGGUGGUCCAGGGGGGCUCGCAGCAUGCGCUUACUUACCUUCCCAGCAGCUCCCUUCAGCUCUCUGUGUAAAGCUCGCGAGUCCUGCAGCCGUCAGAGCGUUGCCACGGAUUACCUUGGCAACGCUCCGCGCGGCACACUGGCCACGAGAUUUACACAGGAAGCUGAAGGGAGCUGCUGGGAAGGUAAGUAAGCGCUUGUUGCAGGCCCCCACUGCACAGUCCAUGCCACUGGACCACCAGGGAAUGCCAUACCCCCACUGCAUUCACUACACACACUACACAAACACACACACACUGCAUUCACUUUACGCACACUACACAAACACACACACACACUGCAUUCACUUUACACACACUACACAAACACACACACACUGCAUUCACUUUACACACACUGCAUUCACUAUACACACUACACGAACACUCUGCAUUCAUAAUAUACACACUGCAUCCACUACACAAACACACACAGCUCCCUGUCUAAACACACUGCAUUCACUACACAUGGCAUGUAUAUUUUGUGCAUUUACCUUUAGAAAUAGUUUAUUUUUUUAAAAUGGUAAAUGUACAGAAUAUCGGUAAGCUAUCGGCCUGAAAGUUCAGAGUAUCGGUAUGUGCUUUAAAAAAAAUCAAUAUCGGUCGAUCCCUAGUUGGCGGUAUAUAAAUACCAAUAAUAAUUAUGACGGAACAUGUGGAGAUUGUUCGAGAGGGGCAUCUGCAAUAUAAAGAUAAAUGUUUUGGUGGCAUGUACUGACCUUUCUACUAAGGCUACGUAUAUGCAAGGAUGAGCAUAUUGUAGGGUUGCUUUUAGUUCAUAAUCAAGUCAUAGUAUUGAAUCAGAUUUCCUGCUAACUUGCAACUCUUCAGAAACCGCAAAGUGACUCAAAUUCAUUAGAUCUGUUCGGAUUCAAAAUGUACAAAAUGACUGCAAUAACUGACAUACUUUACUUUCAAUGUCCCAUUUUGCUGCUGCUGAUUAAGAUCCCUGACCUGGUUUUUAACAACUCUAUUGCCAUGACCUCAACAGAUUUGAAAUGUUGAGGAAGAUUUUUUUUAAAUGCAAAUUAUAUUUUGUCAAAGUUAAAAAAAGAGGUUUCACUUUUUAACUGCAAGUGUUAAGAUGGUAUGGGGAGGGCUUUGUAUCUCAAUUUGGAAAUGUAAAACACGUAUCUAUCAACAAUUCAUUAUGUAUUUUGUGUGUAUAUACAUGUUUAUACAUUACCAUAAGUAGACUCCCCCCUCCCCCCCCUGUACCUUUUUAAAUAAAACAUAUUUGUUUAUGUCUUCUCAUUAGAAACUGCUGACACUUCCUGCAAAGAAUAUGGUGUGUUGUAGAUAGAAGUGACAGGAAACGUGUAGGUGUAGUGCAUAAUACAUCUAUUAUAUGCCAUCAUAUAAUAGCACUUUCAAUGUUUUGUUUAGUUUUUUUUUUUGUUUUUUUUUUUUAACCAGGGUACACUUUGUAAGGUGAAGAACUCCUGUACUAUGCAUGGAGACAUAUCUGUUUGUGACAAUUCACCCCACUAUAGAAUCUUUUGGUAGGACACAAAAGCUUCUGCAUGGGGACAACUCUGCUCAGUGGUGGUUUUUAUUUUGCACUCAUUUUAGGCUGUGAUGUGGAAAUGGCAUUGUAGCUUUAAUUUGUGGGUCAUUCUCAACAUUUGCAAUAGACAGAGCAAGAAAGAUAAGCAAUUUUAAUGUGAGUACUUUUUCAUAUUGUCUAAUGGCAAUGAAGUCUCAUUAAGUAGGCCGGUUGUUGUACUUUUUUUUAUUUUAUUUUUUUUAUCCAUUCACAGGCACACUUAAGUACAUUAAAAUAUUUAAAGUAUAAACUAGUUAACAUUAAUAGAAGACCUCAAACUGGCUCUGUCACUUCAAACGUACCUUUCUCCUACUGUUUCUUCUUUUCUUCCUCUUUCGAAAUCUGUUCUUAUUUUGUACAUUUCUGAUCAUAUUUUCUUUAAAACAUAAGACAAAUUAGUCCGUGUAUUUUCCUACACCUAACAAUAUUGACAAAGGGUGGAGCUUAAAGAGACACUAUAGGCACCCAGACCACUUCUGCUCAAUAAUGACCUCUGAGGGUUAAAACCACCGCUAGUGGCUGUCAGCCACUUAGAGGGACUUAUGGUCUAUUAGAUGACUUUUGAGUGGUGGGUAGCCAUCUAAAUGGUGUUUUGUCUUUUGUUGUUGUUUGUUUUUACAAUAUUGGGUCAGGAAUAAACAUUUGUGUUCCUUACCUUGGGGUUCCGCAGCAAUUUGCCAAUCAGAUGGCCCAUUAACUUAGGGCCACCCGAUCGGUAUCACUGGAAUACAGGGGCCUAGUCACUGUCUUAAAUGGCCGUGGUGUCUGACCGGGCCCCUGUGUUAUUGGAUGCUGGGAGGAGCUGACAGCGUGUCACUUCCUCCCAGAUUUGGAGCACGCCGAGCGGGACAGAGAGAAGGCAGGGGAAGGGAGAGAGCAGUAGCCAGCAGUACUCCAGCAUCCAGCACUUUAGCAUCCAAUACUCCAACAUCCAGCACUCUAACACCCAACAUUCAGCACUUCAACACCCAGCAGCAGUACUCCAGCAUCAAACACUUCAAUAACCAGCACCCUAACACUCCCAACACCCUGCAGCAGCACACCAGCAUCUAACACCCCAACACCCAGCAGCAUGCCAGCAAACCAGCAGCACUCGAAGCAAGUCACCCUCCUGCAGUUAAAAGGUAACUUAACUGAGGGUGACUGCAAAUAUAAAUAUUAUGACCUGUGUGUGUAUCUGUGUGCCAAUGUGUUAACUUGAGUGUGUGUGUAACAGAUCCCCUGGCACCCAGGCUGGGUACCUCCAUCAACGGAUGCUUCCUAGCUGACGCUGAGGACUAUAAGCACCGCACCGGACACCACAAGCACGGCAGACUCCACAACCGCCGUAACGUAGCUGGAAUCUCGUCGCCUUCUUUCCACGCUGGAACCACGUCUGACACCCAGGACCGUGUGGUGAAGACCUCUCCUCCAGGAGAGCGUAACAGGAACAGCUCUUAGAAGAGCUAGUGAUUAGAGCCCAGGGGAGUAUACAGAGUAUAGCAAUCCCCAGUGUGAUUAUAGCAGUUUCCCCCAAUAAGGGAUAGAACUCCGUAUUGAGGGUGAAGUAAGACAGAGAGUUUAAUGGUACAGGUUGGCUUUAUAUACAACUUUUCAGGCCUGAGGAAUGCCCACUGGACCUGAAAGGGGACUGGGACACAAGGGACACAAACCAAUAAAAACAGCGUAAAAACAUCUGACACUCCCACAUACAAUAAACAAUCCCCUCUGCCUGUGAUAUAAUUAAGGUAGUUAAUGCAUUAACUUAAUUAUCCACAGGCAGAAAAACACACAUUUUUAUGAAAGUACCAUGAUAUACAAACACCGAAGCACACCUGCUCCUAAGUACUACAAUCUGUUCACGUUCCGUAGAAAUUUGGCAAAUAUAUAACACAUUACGCUCUUUGUGCUAACGCGCUAAAUUUUUUUAAUUGGGAACUCCUGCCCUAUAGUGUUCCUAAGACAAGUUUCACACUCUGUUUCACACUCUGUUAUCUUGACAAAGGGAGUGGAGUAUCACAAGAAAAAAGUUAAAACAAGUGUAGGGGAUUUUAAUUGUUUUAGCCAAUGCUGCAAUUUCAAGAGAAGUCACAGUUCCCAUUUAAAGGAAUACUCAAAGCACUAUAACCACUACAGCAUGCUGGGAAGCCAUUUAGAAUGGUUUGACAAUUUAACUGUAUCCAGUCUUCUCUUCCAGAAGCCCAUGUCUUUCAGCAGCUAAGAUUGAUUGAGUGCUAUAAGCUGAUGCUUCUGGUCUCCCUGCAACUCUGCUCCGUGUCCGAUGCUGUCAGUUACUAAGCUGGUACAAACGGUCUAACGCAGGAUGUAUGUUAGAAUAGGGGCUAAGUUUAUAGUGCAGAAGGAUGCAAUACCUUUAUUUGCACAAACUUUAACAAGUUGCUUUUAGUGCCUGAAAUGUCCAUAUAUUUAUUUAUUUUUGUGUGGGAGGCAUGUUAAAACCUAAUUCAAAUUAGCCAAGAAGCUGUUCUGUGAGAGUGGCAAUAAAAGUGGGAAACUUUUAGCCCGAGCAUUAUGGCAAUGCGUGCAGGCAAAAAACAUACUUUAAAGGAACACUAUAGGGUCAGGAACACAAACCUGUAUUCCUGACCCUAAAGUGUUUAAACCACCAUUUAGAUGGCUUCCCCCCCUUAGCUCCUUUAGUGGGGGUUAAAACUCACCUUAUAUCCAGCACCGUGUGGAUCCGGCACUGGCCUACCCCAAUCUACCUCCUUGGUGACAUCAGAAUUUAUGGUUUUUAGCCAAUACAAUGCUUUCCCUAAGGGAGAUGGGAUGGGGGCAGGGCCAAAUGUUGUUUUGGUCAAUUAGCACUUUCUCAUAGAGAAGCAUUGAAUCAAUGCUACUAUGCAGCACUUCCCCGGGAAGUACCUCCAGUGGCCAUCUGAGGAGUGGUCACUGGAGGUGUCCCUAGGGGGCAAUGUAAACACUGCCUUUUAUCUGAAAAGGCAGUGUUUGCAUGAAAAUGCCUGAAGGCAAUGAUCAUACUCACCAGAACAACUACAUUAAGCUGUAGUUGUUCUGGUGACUAUAGUUUCCCUUUAACCCCUUAAGGACACAUGACAUGUGUGACAUGUCAUGAUUCCCUUUUAUUCCAGAAGUUUGGUCCUUAAGGGGUUAAAGGGACACUAUAGUCACCUGAGCAACUUUAGCUUAAUGAAGCAGUUUUGGUGUAUAGAACACAUGCCCCUGCAGCCUCACUGCUCAAUCCUCUGCCAUUUAGGAGUUAAAUCCCUUUGUUUAUGAACCCUAGUCACACCUCCCUGCAUGUGACUUGCACAGCUUUCCAUAAACACUUUCUGUAAAGAGAGCCCUAUUUAGGCUUUCUUUAUUGCAAGUUCUGUUUAAUUAAGAUUUUCUUAUCCCCUGCUAUGUUAAUAGCUUGCUAGGCCAUGCAAGAGCCUCCUGUAUGUGAUUAAAGUUCAAUUUAGAGAUUGAGAUACAAUUAUUUAAGGUAAAUUACAUCUGUUGAAAGUGAAACCAGUUUUUUUUUAUUUUUCAUGCAGGCUCUGUCAAUCAUAGCCAGGGGAGGUGUGGCUAGGGCUGCAUAAACAGAAACAGUGAUUUAACUCCUAAAUGACAGUGAAUUGAGCAGUGAAAUUGCAGGGGAAAGAUCUAUACACUAAAACUGCUUUAUUUAGCUAAAGUAAUUUAGGUGACUGUAGUGUUUCUUUAACAAAAUUCACCAUAAAGGCAAAAUCCACUCGACUCUUACCCAAACUGCAGAGUCCUUUUUACAAUAUAAAGGUUUGUUAUAUUAUCUGGUCACCUCAUACCCAACACCCAGACUCCACCUCUUCCUCCCAAAUCGACGCCUAUGUCUCUGAAAACAAUAAUUAUUGAUAUGGCCAUUGUACACUGUUUAAAAGAACACCUAACAUAGAAAGAACAAAAUAUUUCAAAAUCUGUUUCAACAUCUUGGCCCCACAUUUGCAAUGUAUGCUUAAUGCCAUUCAAGAAGGCAGCUCCCUAGAUCCACAUACCCUUACUUAACUUAUCAAGGGGCCAGGACUAUAUGGGUCAUAUUGCUGUGCAAAGAUCCCUCGUGCUGCCCAUGUUACAGACCAGUCUGCCUGUUGAAUGGGGAUCUCAAAAUGUUUGCUAAAUUCCAGGCCCCGCUCCCUUAGCUACACAUCUUACCUGGUUCACCCAGCCUAGGUUGGAUUUAUUUAACCCAGUCUCAAAGUUUGUGGCACAGUGACUGUGAAAGAGAGGGUUUUCCAAAGGCAGCAGGUCUGCAGAUUUUUAACAAGCUCUUUUUUUUUUUUUUCUCUCUCUCUUUUAUACUCAGAAACAAAAUGUGCAUAAUAAAUGCAUGUUAUUUGUGGGGAUAUAUUUACAAUAAGAUAGCCCAAUGGUUCCCAAACUGAUAUUUUCCCGCUGCUAUGAUUAAAUGAUAAUCGCUCCGGGAACUGUGCCUUCAUCUCCUCUGCCGUCUCUGCUGGACAGGACAGGAGUUUAGAGAUCUACCUCACCAGCCCGAUAGCACUGUAAUGCUGCAGCUGGCUGGGUAGGAAGAGUGAGAGGACCCGGGGGAGCUCUAACCUACAGCUCUGCCGGUUUCUCCUCGUGCGAGCUUGGAUCGUUGCAGCGGUUCCCAUGGCAACGCUCCGAAUCUCGUCAGAGUGAACUGAGCUGCAGGCUAGAGUUCACUCUCACCAAUAGGACCACCAGGGAUUAGUACUGUACCCUCUCCCAGGCACGGGUAAGCAGGGAGGGAUGAUAUGAAAAUAAUAUUAUGAAUUUGCACUCCUACCCCCCCCGAGACACAACUCCCUCCUAUACACACAACUGCCACUCCAUACACACACUACUUUACCACACACACUGUACCCCUCACAGACCAACUGCCCCACAUAAACAAAGAACCCUGCACACUGAUACCAUGUAAAUACUCCGGCCAUCCACAGUGGAGGUGCUCUGUGUCAGGCGGACAUCACUUGAUCCACCAGUAAAGUCUCCAAAAGGAACAAACGCAGGCAACACUCCAAUAGUAAGGAUGGUAUAUUUAUUGAUAGGUGAACCACCCCAUAGAAAGUGCAAUGUUUUGGCUCAGCGGAGCCUUAAUCAUGCAUAUGGAUAACAAAGUGCAAAUGUGCACAACCAAUUAAUUCAUCAAUAAAAAAGAACAUAUGUAUCUAAAUGACCUACAAUAUUGUAAAGCCUGGUACUCAUUUUUUUUGUGAGGUUGGGGCUGUGAUGGCCAUGAGCAGAGUAAUGCAAAUUCUAAAAUUCUUUAUGGAUAAUUCUGGAAAAGACCUCAACCUCAGGUGUCACCAGUGGGCUAAAUGAGCUCCAGUUCCAUAAAUGAAAAUCUUUUGCUGCCAAGGUCUGUGCCAGAUUAUCCUCAAUUAACCUAGUUGGUUUAUUAGAGAGAAAAAAACUUUCAAAUUAACAGAUCUUAAAAAUCGUUCCACACAUAAGAAUAAAUCAAAUUAAUUAAAGUUAGCGGUUGGACAAAAUAAAAGUCCCUUUGAUAAUACCUUAAAGGGACACUGUAGUCACUAUAACCACUUUGUCUCUUUGAAUUGGUUAUAGCACCUGGAGUGCCCUGGCACUGUCCCUCCAUUCAGUGUUGCACCAUGUUUGUGCAGUAUGCCACAAAAUAAGAGUCCCUGGCCACCCACAGUCCGGCCCCUUCUGUAUGUGUAGCUAAGGCAGAGAUUACACACUUCCUUGUUGUCAUACCCAUUCAUACCGUCAGUUGGAGCUCUGACAGGUUAAAAGCAGUCAGCUGACACUCUCAGCCAAUCACAGCUGCCCAUUGCUGCUCAGGGUAAUACUUCCUUAUUAGCCAAAGCAGCACAGAGGGGAUGGACUGCCGUGGUCUCUUGUUUAGCAUUAAAACAUUACAACAUUAAAAACUGUUUAAUGCUGAAAGAAAUGAGGGCACCAGGGGACUCCAUACACUAUAACCAGCUUAAUGAGAUGAAGCAAAUACAGUGCCUACGGUGUCCCUUUAAGUUUGCUUCUAAUCAAGAUGAUGUCAGAGACACUAACUACAAUCAAGUAGUUACUUGUAACUGUAGUUCUUGCAACUCCAUUAUUAAGGUUGAUGGAUUUUUCCAUCCCUAUAAUGGUCGUUCUUAUAACGUAGAAAGGUUUUUUUUAACAUGUGAAUCGACUUAUGUAGUCUAUAUUCUCAAGUGUCCUUGUGGUCUUCUCUACAUUGGGGAGACCACGAUAAAAGUCCACAAUCCGAACCAAACAAAAAGAAAUACCUAUUCCUGCUCAUUUUUUAGAAUGUAAUCAUAACAUAUCUCAAUUACGUUUUCAAAUAAUAGAACAUAAACUACCACUUAGGAGAGGAGGAAAUCGACAAAGCUUACUCAAAAAGAGGGAGGCCUUUUGGAUUCACACGUUAGACAUUCUAUGGCCUAAGGGACUCAAUAGAGAAUUUUCUUUUACCUCUUUUCUGUAAUUUCUUUUAUAUACACUACAUCUGGAAUUAGAUUGAUUACUUUUCCUGUUUACACGUUAGCUUGUUUGACUUAGAAGUCUGAUCCCAAUUUUGUGUCCACCAGAUUUAUGGCGGUCUCACAUGGGGAGAACUUGACUCCUCAGAUAAAACAGUUUCUAUCUGCUUAUAUUACAUAAUUGCAUAUGACCCAUUUUGAGAUGAUAAAUAUUUAUUUUGUGUGUAUGUAUGUGUGUGUAUGUGUAUGUAUGUAUGUAUGUAUGUAUGUAUGUAUGUAUGUAUGUAUAUAUAUAUAUAUAUAUAUAUAUAUAUAUAUAUAUAUAUAUAUAUAUAUAUAUAUAUUAUAAAGAGAAGGUCUUGUUGACACUGUGUAUCAGAAUAAAUGCUGUGAUUUCCCUAGUUUUGAACAUUUGUUAUAGAUACAUGCUUCCACCAUCUGCAAUAUAUUGAUCAAGAUGGUCUUAAUUAUUUAAGUUAAUUUGCUGGAAUAUAACCUUUAUUUGUGCCUUUAUUUGUGCCUUUAACAUUAAAAUAUACCAUCUUAUAUCUUGUCAAAUUCCAUGCCAUAUAUUUUGCUAUACUGCUUCAUACUUUGAAAAAACUCCAUGUCAUGUUUUACUAAUGAUAUUGUGUAUGUAUUUCGAUAUGUGUUUUUUGUUUUUUUUUAUUGAUGAAUUAAUUGGUUGGGGGGAUAUAUAUAUGCACAUGUGCAAUUUGUUAUUCAUGUGCAUGUUUAAGGCUCCGCUGAGCCAAAACAUCGCACUUUCUAUGGGUGGUUCAUCUAUCAAUAAAUAUACCAUCCUUACUAUUGGAGUGUUGCCUGCGUUUAUUCCUUUUGAAAACUGCCACACACAUACACACGCACUACAUCCCUCACAAACACAAUACACCCCGCACACAUAUUGCACCCCUCACGCACACUACAGCCCCUAUCCCAGAUAAGUUGUCAAACUGUUCUUAAACAGUUUGACUACUUACUCUGGGAGGGCACUACUUGCACCAUAACCACUACAAAGUGCAGUAGUGGUUAUUGUGCCUAUAUUGUUUCUUUAAAUAGUCUACCAGUACCCCUCCCAAGAUUAGGUUCUGGAUCUGCGCUUCAACAGCAAACAUUUCUGCCGAACAGGGCCCCAGUAUAUGCCGCUGUGCUGUACAUAUAUACAACCUAGAAAAUUGUUUUGACUUGGGGUGCAUUGGAAAAAUAUUGAAAUAUUAAGGGCGCCUUAAACCUAAAAAGUUUGGUUACCCGUGAGAGAGCCUUUUUGGUGGAGAGUUCCUUUAAACACACGAAUUGGCAACUCAAAGGCUAGAUUGCACAUUGCUUUUAUUUGCUAAGUAGAAUUUGAUUUACACAAACAGGGCAGCAGUACAAAUAUAUUGAUUGAUCAGCUUUACCAUGUGUAAUAGAAGUGAAAUAUUUUCUAUGAAAUAGAUAAGUAAAAACAAACCUCACAUGCAUAAGUAUUGUUUAUUGUAUAAAAAAGAAAAUACUAAAAUAAUGUUCAAAAGUGACUUGUCACCUUCACUGGUGUUUGCAUGGGUGUGCAGUGGCCUGACUGGGUGUGACGUUAAAGGUAGUUCACUUACCAGAAGCUCUACCUCAUGAGAGCCAUCGUGGUGGUCUAUACAAUAUGUUGUGCAGGCUCCUUUGUAGCUGAAAUGUCAUGAUGUGUUAGAAGACGCCAGUUUCUCACAGCUGUUGCUAGUGAUGUCUGUAUGAACGGACAAAACUUCACAGCAGAAGAUCUGCUUUUUGUCAACCUCAGGCUUGCUCCUUAGACUGAGUAGUUGCUAUAUUUUAUUGUUCUCUUUUGAUUGUGUUGUUUCUGUGAAAUUAAAACCCACUCCGUUUUAGUAUUUGAUAAAAUUUGAUCGUUAUGACGUAUUCUGAAAUUAAAAUUUAAUGACAGCGCUGCUUUGGUUUUAAAAGGUAUUCAGUUGUGUAAAUAUUGUGAAGUUAAAGAUUUUUUUUUCUAAUGCCCCUUACAAAUCUAGAACCACUACUUUUAAAAUAAAUGUCUUUUUAAUUACUUUAGAUAUUGAUAUGUGUGCACACUAUGAGCAUGUGGCCUAAAGCAUUUUCUCACCUACAAUACCGCAUGACAAUUGUAUAGCAUACAACACAACCACAUAACUCUCCUCCCAUUUAACAUCCAACAAACACACUAUAUCCAUUUUUGAUUUGGGGCAGCAUAGUGCAGGCAUGUAUAUACUUUGUGUACCUGUGUGUCCCAACAUUCAUUGCUGCAGUUUCUGUCAUGUCGGCAGAAGACAAAAUGCAAAGCAGGAGGUAAGAGAGGGGUGAACUGUUGGCUUGCUCUGUAUGUUGAUUGUGCUAUAUAUAUUGUACAAUGUAUUGCACACUCUCCACACUUUUUAUGUUCAUACCGGGCAGCAAUACAUGAACAGACACAUAUAUAUGUAUCAACGCAUAUUUGUGGUUUUCACAUUAUAAUAUGUCAGGAGUCCUUUGUAAACAAACUGGAGGCUGGGGGACGAUUUUCUUUAACCAUUUUUCUGUUUGCCUUGCAGAUCCCAGUGAUGAAAACAUUUAUCAGAAUGGACAAUGGAUGAAGCCCAUGCCUGAUCCCUUGCUCUCCCCAAAGUCUACCCUCCGGUAAAUUUAAAACUUUUGCAUGUUUAUUGACAGAAGAGCUAUCACUGCAAUAUAUUGUUUUUGCUUCUUCCCUGCUGUCGUAAAAAUGUAUAGAUUAAUGGGACUGGGACUUUUUGAUGGUUGUAAUAAAAGCACAACGUUAAAGGAUUACUUUAAACAAAAAUUAUAUUAUUUUUUUUAUUUUUUUAGUUAGAGUAACCUUUGCUGGCAUGCCACCCACACCUAAAAAUAAAAAAUAUAAAAAUAAGGAAAUAAAACGUAUCUGCUGUUUCAUGCCUUUGCCAGCUUCUCUCUACAGCUUCAUUCCUUUCUGGUGAAGUCACUUCCCCUCACUGCAAUGGGGAGGGACACCCCAGAGUAUAGGCUGGGAGGAGACAGGGCAUUCCAUCACUGAUCAUCUUUCACCAACGACAGAUGUCUCAUUAUGCACAGAUUUAACAUUGGCUAACCCAGAAAAUGGUAACUCAUUCCGGUCUGGCUAAUGAUGCAGUUCAAGGUGGAGCUACACAUCCAGCAGCAAAGUACAUUUUCUCUGUAUGUGCAGUGUUUCACUUUCAAUCACAUCUUAUAGCACUGGAUUUUUGCUUUAGAAGUUCAGAUGUCAAGCUCUGUAAACUGAACUUUUAAAGGACCACUAAGUCACCCAGACUACUUCAUUUCAAGUGACUCAGUCCUGGAUUCAAAUGCUGCUGAUAACAUUAUUAUAUAAUAGGAGCACUUUUUUAUCUCUUUUCCAUUGUUGCUCUAUGAGAAGCAAUGGAUUGAAGGAGAUUGUGGACGACAUCAGCAGGCAUGUGUAGCAGGAGUUCCAGAGCUGGAAAUUAGGUAAGUAAUCUUCAUUUAAACAAAAGUCAAAAGAGACUCAAGGGACAGGGCAACCUGGCCCUAAAGUCAAAAAGUGGACUAGUUGGGUAAAGUGGACAUAACCCAAAUAAAUUAUUCAAAGAAAAAGAGGACCUAAAGCGGGUAUACCACACUGCCCCAAAAAUAGUACUAGCAUGCUCUUGAUAAAAGCGCAACAUAGCGCCGAAACGCGCAUUGAGCUAAGACGCUGCCGUUAGGCGAUAUUUUUUUUUCUUUUCCAUAGGGUUAUGUAGCUUGAUUACAUUAUUUGAGAUCAGCUUUUAUGCAACUAGUUCGUUGCAGGACAAAUAUAGGGAGCUAGAGUUAUUUUUGAUAUGCUUUAUAAACGAACUACUGAGAUUGGGGCAGUGUGGUAAUCAGUUAGUGUGGAGAGAAAUACCUAGGCAUAGUGUUAUAGUAUCUUACUGGGGAAACGGCAUGCUACUUUUACAUAGCACCCACUUAGGCUCUAUGCUGUACUUAUCCCAGAUACUUGUUUUACACUAAAGCUAUACUUAUGGGACUAAGGGGGGUUCUUAACCCUUAUCUCUCACACUUUGAUUAUUGAGUUUUUUGAUUGAUAAGAUAGGGAGGGGCAAUUAUCUUUGCUCCCUAUUUUCCUACUCUCCUUCCUUUCAAUUGGGUUCACUAUAAUAUAUGAUAGGAAUUCAUCUCAAAAUACCCCUACUCUUUUUUUUCUUCUUCUUAUGUAGCUGUCUGCUCCCGCCCUUAUACCUGCUCUAGCAGUUUUACUAAAAUAGAUACUUAACGAUCUGGUGUAUACAAUUAACCUGUUUGUCGUUACAUAUUUGCACUAGUAGCUAUUUUCCGAUUUAAAUUUCCAAAGAUAUCUAACAUAGUGAAUCUGAAUAGCUAUAUGAGCAGCUGCUUUGCACCUGGAUAUUUUUACAGCAGUUAUCUAUAGGACACAUCAGGCAGGCUACAUAGAUUUCUCCUUUUUAAGUCACUUGCACAUUUCUGUAUCACUAUUUUAUUUAGUUUCACGUUUAAUGUAUAAUCUUCAUUUAAUUUGUAGGUAUUUAUUUUUUUUUUAUUUUUUUUAAACUAGUAAACAGGAGUGGGAAGUUAACCUGUAAUUCUUAUUUUUAUGAUUAUAGGACGCACACACCCCCCCUCUCCUAAAGGCUUUGGCGAGCUAUUAAGGGAGCAUGAGUUAAUAAAUUCUAAAUUCAACACACAUUGUAAUAAAGGAAGUGUGUAGGGAGGCUGGGAGAGUCACAGCCAGGGUAGGUGUAAAACAAAGUGAUUUAACUCCUAAAGGUUUAAGUUUAUGUGAGCCACAAAGAACCCCCAAAAAAAAAAAAAAACCUACAAAACUUAAAAACUUUUUUCAUAGACAUAUAUAGGUUUAUUUAGAAAAGUACAGUAUAAAAAAAAGUUGCCUAACUGACACUGGACGUCCUCACGCUCGUUGGGUUUAAAAAAUAAACAAAAGAGCGCUUUUAUUUUAAGAAGACGUGAAUUUGCAUAUAACCAAUGUUUCAGUCAAACUACUUAUUGAUUAUGAAGUCCUAUGAAUGUGUUCUUCACUUUGGCUGAGAUCAUCAAACUUGAUGAUCUCAGCCAUCCAAUGCUUUCCCAUAAGAAAGCAUUAGGAGGCUAUUGUACAUGUGUGGCAGAAAGCUGCACAGCCAAUCAGCAUCUCCAUGGGGAGUGUUUAGCACCUCCAUGCAGUCCCAAUCUAAUACACUGCCCCCAAAUCCAAUCUACUAAACUGCCCUCUCCAAUCAAUCUAAUACACUGCCCCUCCCCCUGCCAUAAUUUAAUACACAGUCCUCUCCCCCAGUUUAACACAUGGCCCCCACUGCCACCACUCUAAUUUAAAACACUGUCCUCUCUCCAAUUUAAUAUACUGCUCCCCCUCCCCUAAUUUAAUACACUGCCCCCCUCCCCCAAUUUGACAUCACCACUCUAAUCGGGGCAUUGAAUACACUGCCCGCACUCCCACCUCUCUGAUUUAAAACACUGUCCUCCCCCCAAUACACUGCCCUCAUCACCACUCUAAUACACUGCCAUCUUAUUCUAAUACACUGCCCCUCCUCCUUACACACUAAUUUAAUAUACUGCCUCUCCUCCACAAUUUAACACACUGUCUCCUUUCCCUGUCUCCCCCCCAAUUUAAUACACUGCCCUCCCCCUAAUUUAACACCUUGCCCCCUCUCCCAUCACUUUAAUACAUUGGCCCCCUCCCUCCCCAAAAUUAAUACACUACCCCGUCCCUCCCUCAAAUGACUACACUGCCCUCCCCCUAAUUUAAUACCCUGCCCGCUCCCACCACUCUAAUACACAGCCCCAAUCACUACCCAUAUUAAUACACUGCUCCCCUCCUCAAUGUAAUAUACUGACACAACUGCCUCCGUCCUAAAGGGGUUAAGAAGACUUUCAAGGAUUACUAUAGUGUCAGGAAAACAAAAUGGUUUUCCUGACACUAUAGUGCCCUGAGGGUAUCCCCACCCUCAGGGUCCCCCUCACGUGGCGGUGAAGGGGUUAAAACUCCUUCAGCAGCUUACCUUAUUCCAGCGCCGGGCUCCCUCGGCACUGGUGACCUCUCCUCCCCCGCCGACGUCAGCGCAGCGGAAUGCACAUGCUUUCCUAUGGACGCUCUGCGUGAUGGAGGCAUGAUAUGCCUCCAGCCUCGCAGAUGCGCCUCUAGUGGCUGUCAGGAAGACAGCCACUAGAGGCUGGAUUAACCCCAAAUGUAAACAUAGCAGUUUCUCUGAAACUGCUAUGUUUGUAUCUGCAGGGUUAACCUGAGGGACCUGGCACCCAAACCACUUCAUUGAGCUGAAGUGGUCUGGGUUACUAUAGUGUCCCUUUAAUAUUUUUUCACAGCGGUCUAAAGUUAUCUGUCUGAUGAUCCCUCAAAUUCCACACCUAAUAAUCUAAACUAUCAUUGAGGACAUCUCUAAUGAAAUUAACUAAUAACUUAUAUUUACUUUAUCAUUAUUCUAUGUUAUUUCAUUUAUCCCAUAUAUAUAUAUAUAUAUAUAUAUAUAUAUAUUGGUAAAAUGCUGGUGUCAUAAAUUUUCAUGUGAAGCAACAAAUAUAUUUUAAAAAAAUGGCCCUGCUCAAAGGUUUUGCAUCUCAAUGUGGUAAGCAGAGAAUGGUGAUGUAAUAUGAUUAUUACAUUUUGAGAAACUGGAUUAGCAGGUUCCAGACACAGAGGUGUGUGUGUGUAUAAGUCAACUGCCAAGGUACUAUGCAGAUUCUGAAUUAUUGGGAAUUCAUAAUUUAGUUAAUAAUUUUAGACCAUAAGCAAAACUAAAAAAAAGUUAAAAUGUACUUUGAUUUGCUGACCUUUUAAUUAAAGUGAACUUGUAAUCAAAAUGUUUACUUAUUUAAAUACGCUCCAAAUAUAUUGAAUACAUGAUCUAUCACAGAGAUACAUUAUAUAUUCUCUGUAAAUGUUCAAUAACUACUAACCACAGUUCCAACAUCACCAUUUUCUUAGUUUCGUGGGUAUUACUCUUCAUGGAAUACCCACCUUCAUUUUGCCCAUGCUCCAUCUCAGUCCUCUUUUAUUUGCCCUGCUUGGGAACGCUUCCCCAGCAGGGAAAUCCGGUUGUUUGAUACCGACAUGCUGAUUUUGUUUCAAUAUUCCCUAGCCAGUGCUAAAAGCGUAACAACCACGUUACAUACUGUGGUUGCUAUGCUUAGAAAGCAGAAGGACGGACCACCAGUGGGGAGGUCCUUUCUGCUCUCCAUUGUCAGUCAAUUUUUCAAUAUAGAGUGUAUGCCAAAGAUUUGACGGACAGGUGGGAGAAAGACCUCAUUUUAAAUAGUUUUUUUUUUAUUUAUUUAUUUUUUUUUUUUUUUAAUUUAUACAUUUGCUAGAAAAUCUAUGUAUAUACAGAAUUUUAUGCUCUUUGAAAAGACCAUUCGAAUAAUUCAGUGUAAAUUCUAGAUUUCCCUGUUUAGAAAUGUUAAUUUAUUGCUUUAAAACUAACACAAUUCACAUGUUUUUAACAUCUACAAAUAGUUAAAUAUUGUGAGUAAAAUGGGGCAUUUAAAUAAUUAGAUAUAUUUUAACAAAAUGUAUCUAACAUUAUUUUUUUUGUUUUGAACAAUCUGUGGUUGGCAAAAUCCCUAAUAAUAAGGGACACUAUAGUCACUCAGACCACUUCAGCUCAAUGAAGUGGUCUGGGUGCCAGGUCCCUCAGGUUUUAACCCUUCACAUGUAAACAUAGCAGUUUCAGAGAAACUGCUAUGGUUACAUAGCAGGAUUAAUCCAAACUCUAGAGGCUGUCUUCCUGACAGCCGCUAGAGGCUCUUCUGCGACGCUAGAUGCGAAAUUCGCAUCCAGCGUGCAUAUCGUCCAUAGGAAAGCAUUGAGAAAUGAUUUCCUUUGGACUGUUUGAAUGCGUGCGCGGGAGUCCCCCAAGGAUGACAUAGUGUCAGGAAAACAGGUUUGUUUUCCUGACACUAUAGUGAUCCUUUAACUUUCUGAUGUCAGAAUAGUGAAGUGCAGAUUGUCCCUGAUAUCAGGUUCACAAUUAAGCCUGACUUGAUUUUAUGCAACUGCUGUCAUUCUUGGUAUUGACAAAGUUUCCUAAAUAUGAAGUUUUUUUAAAGGGACAUUCAUGGCAGCUAAAAAAAGUUAAGCUUAAAUUAAAGCUAUUAAGCUCAAAAUACACAUGGUUAGUUUAUUUUCUUUUUUUUUUAUUAUGUGUAGCUUUCCUGCAGUGCUAUAAAAUGUUUUGCUAUUUUCAGAUGUGUAACCCAGCCUCCUUAGCCACCCCCAUCUCACAUUUCCACAUGUUCCUGAUUCACAGUCUCUGAAAGAAACGUACCUUUUUUGCAGGCAAUGAAAAUAGAGAUGUCAGGAUACACUAAUAUGCCCAACACACAUAACUUAAGUAACAAAUAAAUGAAACCCUAAGACGUAUUAACGGGCCUUAGAACGGACGGAUUUAACGUAUAAAAGGAAAAACACAAGACAGGCUGAAGUCAAGAAUACAGAUAUAGAGUAAACGGUAUGUAAGGGUCAAGGAAUUUCGAAGUCAGAAUAGUCAGGAGCCAUGCCAAAGGUCAAGGGAUACAAAGAUCAGAAUAGUCCAUAAGAAAGCCAAGGUCAAAAUACACAAGAAACAAUACCAGAAAUCCGCUCUCGGAUAACCUGAAUGGAAACAACGACAGGGCACAGAGAAAUGGACAAAAAACGUUUAAAUAGCCUAAGGUGCUCCUUGAUUGGCUGCAGGGAAGCAUGUGACAGUGAUCGUGUGUACACGUUCCAAAUGGUUAGGCACAAGAAGGGUUAAUUAUGAACCUUAAAAGGUUCUAACUUGCAACGGCCGGUGUUUCUAAUGUUUACAGACCUGGACACUGUGUAAGGGGAGGAGUGUGUGUCUGUGAAGCCGGGGGGCAUCGCAGGAGGAGGUGUGUAAUCUGUGGCGUUCCCAUUGCCAUGUGGGAAUGCCGCCGCAACAGGAUGCGCCCGCCGGGUCCCAGUCCACUCUCUGGCAGGAGUGGACCUGGCUGGCAUCUUGACAUAAGGUGAGUAUUCGGUGGCAUUCCCCUUGCGAUAUGGGAAUGCUGCUGCAACGAUAUGUGCUGCCAGACAGUCACGCACGCAGUCGCGCCACACACACACAGUCGCGCCACACACACACACAGUCGCGCCACACACACACACAGUCGCGCCACACACACACACAGUCGCGCCACACACACACACAGUCGCGCCACACACACACACUGACCUGCUUCUUACCUCCACAACCCUUGGAACUCCUGGAGGCUGGUUGUUGGGGAAGCAGGGACUCCUUCCCGCCGCACACUAGGCUCCGCCCCCGCCGCAACGUUAGCUCCACCCCGCCGCCAUUUUUUAAUUAUUUUUUUUUAUGAUGCCGGCCAUGUGUGAGCUAUGCCGGCCGCCUGGCUCCCCCUGCUCCCAUGGGGCUGCACAGCUCACACAUGGCCGGCCGGGAUUACAGGAGCCUGAUCGCUGUUAAGGGCUGUCAGCCCAGCCCCAGGUGCCGCGGCCCACCGGGAAAUUUCCUGGUAUCCCGGUGGGCUAAUCCGGCCUUGUCUGUAUGUUUGUAUGGAUUCAGCAGUCUGUGUGUGUGUUUAUGGAUUCAGCAGUCUGUGUGUGUGUGUGUAUGGAUUCAGCAGUCUGUGUGUGUGUGUGUGGAUUCAGCAGUCUGUGUGUGUGUGUGUGUGUCAGCAGUCUGUGUGUGUGUGUGUGUAUGGAUUCAGCGGUCUGUGUGUGUGUGUAUGGAUUCAGCGGUCUGUGUGUGUGUGUGUAUGGAUUCAGCGGUCUGUGUGUGUAUGGAUUCAACGGUCUGUGUGUGUGUAUGGAUUCGGCAGUCUGUGUGUGUGUGUAUGGAUUCAACCCGAUUCUGUGUGUGUGUGUGUAUGGAUUCAACCGGUCUGUGUGUGUGUGUGUAUGGAUUCGACGGUCUGUGUGUGUGUGUAUGGAUUCAGCGGUCUGUGUGUGUGUGUGUGUAUGGAUUCAACGGUCUGUGUGUGUAUGGAUUCAAUACGGUCUGUGUGUGUAUGGAUUCAGCGGUCUGUGUGUGUGUGGAUUCAGCGGUCUGUGUGUAUGGAUUCGGCGGUCUGUGUGUGUGUGGAUUCAGCGGUCUGUGUGUGUGUGUGGAUUCGGCGGUCUGUGUGUGUGUGGAUUCAGCGGUCUGUGUGUGUGGAUUCAGCAGUCUGUGUGUGUGUGUGUGUAUGGAUUCAGCGGUCUGUGUGUGUGUGUGUAUGUGGAUUCAGCGGUCUGUGUGUGUGUGUGUGUAUGGAUUCGGUCUGUGUGUGUGUGUAUGGAUUCAGCGGUCUGUGUGUGUGUGUGUGUGGAUUCAGCGGUCUGUGUGUGUGUGUGUGUAUGGUUCGGCGGUGUGUGUGUAUGGUUCGGCGGUCUGUGUGUGUGUGUGUGUGUAUGGAUUCAGCGGUGUGUGUGCAUGGUUCAGCGGUCUGUGUGUAUGGUUCAGCGGUCUGUGUGUGUGUGUGUGUGUAUGGAUUCAGCGGUCUGUGUGUGUAUUGUGUGUGUGUAUGGUUCGGUCUGUGUGUGUGUGUAUGGAUUCGGCCGGUCUGUGUGUGUGUGUGUGUAUGGAUUCAGCAGUCUGUAUGUGUGUGUGGACUCAGCAGUGUGUCUGUGUGUGUGGACUUAGCAGUGUGUCUGUGUGUGUGGACUCAGCAGCCUGUGUGUGUGUGUGUAUGGACUCAGCAGUCUGUGUGUGUGUGUGGACUCAGCAGUCUCUGUGUGUGUGUAUGGACUGUAUCAAGGGAAAUGUGUUUGUUUUUUUAAUAAUCCUUGGUGGGAAAUAAUGAAUUCUCCACCAGGUAUUAUUAAAAAACAAAACAGAAAAAAACCACACACAUUGUGUCGGGGGCGGUGCUUAACAUGCGGCAGUGGCGGGGUCAAACUGCUGUGAGGGCGGGGUUAAAUGUGCCUCCCUACUUUUGUCCCUAGCCCCCCCUAAAAAUGAAUCCUAGAGACACCACUGCUCUUUAUAUUUAUUUAUAAUAAACAUAUGAAAUAUAUGAUAUCUAAUUUGGUGAGGAAAUGUUUGUGUGUGAGGUGAUUUGUAAGUUCUAGUGUCUGAAUGUUGAUGACUCCGGGAAGGCUUGGGCUGGCAUUGUGGGCAUGUCUUGAGCGGAGUGAAACUCAGUAAGGUGUGUCAUUACUGAUUCUCAUAGAGAAUCACUGGAGCAUGGCCAUUAUGGACAGUCUGGCUGAAAUACAGGAAGCAGGGAGAAAGCAAAGGGGGAUAUGACAGGCAAUCAAAGGAAGAGCAGAAAAUCUGAUCAAAGUAAAGAUUAAAACAGGUACUUCUAAAGCUCAUUUUUACACUAUUUAGAGAAUAAAGCAUUUAGUGACACUAGGUUUACUGUUUAUGGGGGGGAUAUGUCCAUACAGGUCCUUAAAGUAAAUUAAUUCCCAACUAUGAACACUUUUUUUUUUUAAAUGGUAUGGUAAAAAAUACUCCCUGCCAUUCUACUUAAGUACUAAGAAAAAAAUUAAACUAGCCACCUGUACAGAAAUAAGAAGAAACCUCUGUGAACAAUCGACAAAUGUGAGAAAAUACAUUGCAAAUAUUUAAAUUUACUACCUUUUAUUUACAGACACCAUAAAAAUAAAUCCGACAUCACUGACAUGGUACGAUCAGCAAACGUGAUCACUGCUAACAAGGCAGAAAUGCUUCCCAUCUCUAAAUUUGGGCUUCGUGACAAUUUGAUUAAAUCUGAGCUGCUCAAGAAAGAACAAACCUACACUUCAAUCCAGAAUUACAGGUAACCAGUGGAGUUGUUAGUUCCUCGACUUUAUAGACUUUGACAAGAUAUUGUUAAAGGAUUACUCCAAGCACACACAAUCCUGCUGUAUCUCUUUCAAAAAAAAUGCUAAGUACUAAAAAAAAAAAAUGUUAUCUUUAUGAAGCGGUUUUGGUGCACAGAUGCUGCAAUUUCACAAAGUGAGAAACAUUUCUCAUAAAUUGGAAUGUUUACAUGUUUAAUCUUAAUUAAAUUUCAACAUGUUGUGCUAGGAAAUACUCCAAUAAGAGGAUUCACGUUGAGAACAAUCUGUGCUGCAGCAGCAAGCGCACAUGUGAUUGUAUCUUUCCAAUUUUUCUCAUUAAGCUGUAAUGCACCUUCGAGGAAGACACCUUCCUGGCUUUCUGAUCGUUUACAUUUAAAAAAAAAAAUUUUUUUUUUAUCUCUUUGAACUGAUAUACCAGCUAUUGAGUUUCCCGGUAUUAUCUCAAUAUUUUAUCAUUUCAUCAUGUAAUUUCCCCCUAAUGUUGUAUUGUUUCCUGCUCUUUUGAGUCUAUACAGAACAGUUGUGCUCAAAUGUUUGCAUACCCUGGCAGAAAUUGUGAAAUUUUGGCAUUGAUUUUGAAAAUAUAACUAAUCAUGCAAAAAAAAUAUUUUAUUGAAGAACAGUGAUCGUUAAAUCUCUCCCUCUGAUAAUAUGGUAAAGCACUACAGAAUAUGCUAUCACUAUAUAAAUACUAGUAAUAUUAUAAUAUAAAGCCAUGUAUUAUGACAUAGUUGUUUUGGUCCUUUUUAAAUCCUAAUGAUAACAGAAAUCACCCUAAUGGCCCUGAUCAAAAGUUUACAUACCUUUGAAUGUUCCACCUUGUUACAGGCACACAAGGUGACACACACUAGUUAAAAUGGCAAUUAAAGGUUAAUUUCCCACACCUAUGGCUUUUUAAAUUGCAAUCCUUGUCUGUGUAUAAAUAGUCAAUGAGUUUGUUAGCGCUCACUUGGAUGCACUGAGCAGGCUAGACACUGAGCCAUGGGGAGCAGAAAAGAACUGUCAAAAGACCUGCAUAACAGGUUAACAGAACCAUAUAAAAAGAUAUAUCCAAAACCUUGAAAAUGCCAGUCAGUACUGUUCCAUCACUUAUUAAGAAAUUGUAUAUUCAGGGAUCUCUUGAUACCAAGCCAAGGUCACAUAGAUUAAGAAAGGUUUCAGCCAUAACUGCUAGAUUAAUUGUUUGGGAUACAAAGAAAACCCCACAUGUAACCUCAGGAGAAAUACAGGCUACUUGAACAAAAUUGAGCUGCAUGGUCCAGAAAGAAGCCUUUACUGUGUCAAUGCCACACAAAAAAAGCCUGGUUACAAUACCAACAACACCUUGACAUGCCUCACAGCUUCUGGCACACUGUAAUUUGGAGUGACAAGACCAAAAUAGAUUUUUAUGGUCACAGCCAUAAGUGAUAUGCUUGGAGAGGGGUCAACCAGGCCUAUAGUGAAAAGAAUAUUAUCCACACUGUGAAGCUUGGUGGUGGCUCAUUGAUGUUUUAGGGGUGUGUGAGCUCUUAAGGCACGGGGAAUCUUGUGAAAAUUGAUGGCAAGAUGAAUGCAGCAUGUUAUCAGAAAAUACUGGCAGACAAUUGGCAUUCUUCUGCACAAAGGCUGCAAUUCGAACACUCUUGGACUUUCCAGCCUGACAAUGACCCUAAGCAUAAGGCCACGUUGAACCUCCAGUGGUUACAGCAGAAAAGGGUGAAGGUUCUGGAGUGGCCAGUACAGUCUCCUGACCUUAAAGGGACACUAUAGUCACCAGAAGAACUACAGCUUAAUGUAGUUAUUCUGGUGAGUAUAUUUAUUGCCUUCAGUUAUUUUCAUGUAAACACUGCCUUGUUUAAAAUGACUAGUAACGUCAUUGUUGGAGGCGUUGUUAAUUAGCUUCCUAACUCUGGACCCGGCUGCUGAUUUACAAACUGCACGGAAGGAGAGGCUCUGGAGGUGAGGUGAGUUGAGUUUAGUGUGACCGCACUGAUCAGUGCGGUCACAUUGUGGUGCGAUCGGGCACUGUGAUAGUCUGACUGCACCGAUCUGGUGCGCUCUAGUUGAGGUGCCGAUCAGACAUUAACAGAGGUAAUUUAAUUUGUUGCCAUGUUUGCUUUUUGAUUGUGCCAUUCUGUUAUAACCUACAGUUGAAUAUGGACCCCAUAAGAAAUAAAAGAAAUAUGUUUUGCCUGCUCAAUCAUGUUUUCUUUAAACAUGGUACCUAUAUUACCAAUUCUACAAGGGUAUGCAAACUUGUGAGCAUAACUGUACAUAUUCUAUUCUGGCCGAGCUGAAAGCGCUACAGAAUCUUGUACUAGACUUCGAUAUUUGUUUUCAUUUGUGAUAUCGGGUGGGGGGCUCUUGAAUAAAUUGAGUAGGGUGGGGCGCAGUUGAGGACCCUAAAUAAUAAGAGGGGACACGUCCCCACUCAUUGGCGUCGGGUCCUUUAUAAUAAGUGCCCCAAGUUGCUGCCAGUGGGUGGGGGCUAGGAAGGACAAUAGGUCCACCCCCCAUUAUAGUUUUUGGCUCCCACCCGUUGCCAAUGUGGGCAUUAUUAUUUGUCACACAAUCCACCGUCUAUGUCCCCCCCCUUUCAAUUUAUUUAAGAGCCCCUGGAGGAGGACACAGAUCUUGCAUUUAUUCUACUAGCCCCAUUCUAGCUCUGUAUUAUCCCAUAGUAAAUGGGGCUAGGCAAACUUUGCCACACCAAGUACUGUGGAAUAAAUCAGGCUGGCAGAUCCUAAUAGAAGAUGUUGUUGACUAAAAGAGGUUACCUACUCUUUAAUAGAAGAUGUUGACUAAAAGAUUUUUGCACAGACCCCUGUGGAUAUAUAUAGCAAAGCUGAACUUUUACUUUGUGUACAGGUUUUUUGUCGGAACAUACAAUGUAAAUGGACAGUCUCCAAGGGAAAGCUUGCAGCCGUGGCUUUGUGAAGGCUUGGAACCUCCGGAUGUAUAUUGUGUUGGGUAUGUUAAUAUAUUUGCUUUUAUAAUGGCAAUACAUGGAAUAUAGAUUUUUUUAACAUUAGUCAUUGAGCUUGAGUUUGGUUUAUUUUUUAUUACAUUCUAACAAAAAAGUGAGGCUACUAUAAGGACAUUUGGGGGAAGAGUGUUUGAUAUUAAAAGGAGGAAAUGUGAUCCAAAAUAAUAACAGGUGAAAAUUACCUUUUUAUUUAUUUUUUUAUUUAAUUUUCUGCCAUUCAUAUAGUGUGGAUCAAAGGGGUGUAGAUCUAAAAUAGCAUGUAAGAAAUGGGUCACCGAAUAAAAUAGUGAUAAGUGCUCUAUUUGUAAAAUGUAGUGUCCAUAUAAUGGGAAAUAACUUGCUCUUGUGUAGCCAGAUUUAAAAGAAAUGUCAGUGCUGUAUAAUAAUGGGGGAUGGACCUAUUGUCAAUUUAGUGCCCCAAGUUGCCGCCAGUGGGUGGGGGCUAGGAAGGACAAUAGGUCCACCCCCCAUUAUAGUUUAUGGCUCCCACCCAUUGCAAAUGGGGGCAUUAUUAUUUGUAGCACCAUCCACCAUCUAUGUCCCCUCCCCACCCUUUCAAUUUAUUUAAGUGCCCCUGGAGGAGGACACAGGUCUCGCGUUUAUUCUAAUAGCCCCAUUCACGAGGCAUCUUCUAGUGAUCUUCUAUAAUCACCAAGCUGUGGACACAAUCCAAAUACAGAAUUGACCUGUAUAUUAUUGCAUCAGGUAAAUUUAAAAACUCUUUUAUUAAUAUUUGAGUGUCUACAAAGACUUGAAAAACUUCAACUAAAGAACUGUGUACACCUGAUACCCCAAAGAGAAUGAUAAAUAGAAUCUUGUACUAGACUUCGAUAUUUGUUUUCAUUUGUGAUAUCAGGUGGGGGCUCUUGAAUAAAUUGAGUAGGGUGGGGCGCAGGUGAGGACCCUAAAUAAUAAGAGUACGAAUUCUCACAUCUCAAAUUAAGAUAAUGAACUAUGUUGCCUGGGACUAUUGUGCAUGUAUGUUCUUUACUCACUGGAUUACGAAAAGAGUGCCGAGGAUUGAACACUGGGCAUGCUUCAACUGCAUGUGUGUAUCUGUAAGACUUAGAGGUGUCUCCAUGAGGAAAAUGAUGCAUGCUAGUCUAUUUCCAUUAUCAAUUUUUAUGCUUGGGUUGACUAUUUCAGAAUCCUAUCUAACCAGUUUUGUUCAAAGAGUGGAUAAUAGUGAUUGCAACCUAUAGAUUAGCCACUUACAUGCGUAUUCAUUAAACACAGGAUUUUGUCUGGAUGAAUUAAAAAGUAUAGGAUUUGAAAGAUUCACCAAGUAACAAUGACUUCCCUGGGCCCCACCUCAUGGCACAGCGUGGGGGGCCUUGGUUAUAAUAUUCAGAGGGAGGACCUGUUGUCCUCACCCUGCCGCUACCCUUUGGUGUCGGGUGGUGGUCUUUUUAUAAACUAGGUGCCUAGUUUUCUACACCAGCCUUCACCCAUUAGCACUGACCACUGGUGGAGGCAUGGGGAUGUUAGGACCUCCCCUUUUUUAAAUUUUAUUUUUAUUAGAUAGCCACCACCCACUGGCCAUAGUUUGAGACAGAAAGUGGACUGAUAACAGAUUACAAUUAUUUGAACAAUGUCCAGAUUUUGCAAUUUUUGCAAUCCAGAUUUUAGUGAAUAACUUAGUCUGUUGGAAAAAGAUCUAACGCAGGGUUUGGACAAAUCAAUAAUACAAUUAGGAGAUAAACAGCCAAAUAUGUAAGCCAGGAGGAGUUAAAUCCUUAUGAGAUCUCUACCAAUUUCAUUACAUAUUUCAGUAUGCCAGGUUCUGUGUACUAUUAUCACAAUUCUCAACAAUCAACAGUAUGAAACUAGAAAGGGUUCUAGCAGUAUCACCGAAAUACAAGAACAAAUAGAAACACGGGCUUCUAAAAAAAUCACACAAAUGUGUUGCUAAAAGAUCUAAACAGACUUAUAUCCUCAGGUGUUACAUAUUUUGUGUAGACACCACUUAUGUAUUAAUCUUGAAAGUAUUUAGACAUGCUCAAAGUGACAAAAGGUCAGUGAAAGACAAUACUUAUAUAGUGUGUAGAUACUGAUAUAUGAUACAAAGAAUUUAUCAUUCUCUCUUAGCUUCCAGGAGCUUGAUUUAAGCAAGGAAGCUUUCUUUUUUAAUGACACGCCCAAGGAGGAAGAGUGGUUCAAAGCUGUGUCGGAAGGGCUGCAUCCUGGAGCAAAAUACGCAAAGGUACAGGUGGUAUUUGAACAAAGGGGCAUAGAAUGUGGAAACUGCAGAAAAACCUUAUUAGGUUGGGGUAAAUGGGAUUGAAAACCUGUUCCUUUACUUUCCUUUUCAGUGUGCACUAAUGUUUUUUUGAACUUUGGGGUCAUGCAAAAUGAGGCCUUCUUAAUACUCCUUACUAUUGUUCAAACACUCCGAUUAUUGUCCUGGACUGAAAGCAGACACACGAUGCAGAGGUAGAGGUUUAAAGCACAAACUUAGUUUAGUUCUAUUUUAACCAUCAGACAGUAAAUUAGGAAAUAAGGCCAUGUGGUUAGAAAUACUUAAGAUGGGAGGAACAUUAAACUGUCACUAAGCAGGAUUUUUAUUAUGCUUACUUUGUCUCAUUUACGAGGUCUGCAAAUUUAAUGUUUAAACCAGCACUUCUGUAUUUAACUCCAUCCUAUAACUGAAUGCCUUCAUCUUCACUCACUGACAAUCAUAGUUAUAAGCUUCACCCUUUGCACCUGUCAGUCACCAUAGAAUGAGGAGGAGAAACAGAAACAAUGUUUGUGUCUUCUGCGUCAAUACAAUGUGUGCCCUAGCAGUGUAUGUACUGAGCAGGAUGGUGACGCUUAAGCUUUAAAAUACUAUUAGAUCAUACAAUUAAAUGAUGUGCUGUAUAUUAAACAUAAAAUAUAGGGGGGCAGGGCAUGACCGCCAUGCUGAAAGGCUGCACAUGGAGUGAGCUCUGUGAAAAUUCUUGAAUUUAUGCAUCUUAUUGCAGCUGUAUACCUGCUCACACGCACACCACGAGUGCAGGGGACACCCUACACUCAGCAUUGCCAACAUCUGCAGAUUUUUACCGCCAGACAAGCAGUCUACACUUGAAAAGCCUCUGCGACCUGCCUGAGAGUUCAGGCGUGGGAGAUGCUGCCAAACCCCCCAGCUGGUAUUAUGGCUUAAAUUAAAGAAGGCGGAAGAGCUCCGGUUUCCCCCAUAUCCUGGCACCAGCAAUUCGACUCUACCUACCUGCUACAGGAGGGACUGUGACUCUGCUAGCACCUUGGCUGUACAAAAUCUGUGACACCGAUCAAGCUAAAAUGUUGGACGCCUUGCAUGUCUCUACCGAACUGGAUCUGCUGGAGACCAGCUUAACGCUGCUAGACAAGAUAUUUGCUGACUUCUGACUGAAAUUAAACGAUGAGCAACGGCAAACCGAGGAGCUCAGAAGGAGCUACAGCUUAUCGCAGAACUCACCUGCAGGCAUUCAAUGCACCAUAUCUGCUGUAGUGAGGCAGGCCGCUCUCACACUCACCGCCCGAAAAAGCAGGUGAAGAUAUCACACUCGGCACAAAUUGGGAAAGAACAGAGAUGCUGGGGCAAGAAAAUGAGCCGACCCACUUCGGGCAAUACAUACUCCACCUGCCCACCCAGACUGAGGGCAAAAAGGGGCUUGCCCCCACGACACCGACCACACUAGCAGAGGCCCAAGGGCUCAAAUAGGCCUCAGACCAUCCAGGACAUCCGGAGCACCUCACAAGGCAUGGGGCUUGGCCUUGACAAGCAACAGAGUCUGUGGCACAGAGGUGAAGGCCCUGAUACAGUCUCUGGAUAAGAGAAAGAUACCCUCUUGGCAUACAUAUGCUCUCUUUAAUCCGAAUGCCAGGAAAUCAUAGUUAAAAAAAUAAGUCCCACUGAUAUAUUUAAUGCCCCUGGAAACUGCAUUCUUACUGCUAGUAGAGACAGUAGGCGUGUAUUCGGGCAAGAAUUGUGUAGAAUUGAAAAGGAAAUUGCAAGCCAUAGUCCAAAUUAGCCAAUUUGGAAAAAAAUUCUAUUUGCCCUGCAAUUUGCAGUUCAGAUAUCAAUUCACUAUAAUUGCUAGUCUAGUGACCCCAUUAGAAAUCAGAUUUCAAGUUUGACAAAUGUGUUAAAGGCAGAUAAUAUGUACUCCAUAUUAUAUUCCAGUAACUGUUUUAAUGUCUGUUACUAUGACAUCCUCCAAAUGCAUGCACUUGUCUUCUUUGGAUAGAUCAAACUAAUCAGACUGGUUGGAAUCAUGCUGCUACUCUAUGUCAAGAAGGAACUGGCCGUUCAUGUUUCAGAGGUUCAUGCGGAAACUGUGGGCACUGGAAUUAUGGGCAGGAUGGUGAGUGUGGCAACAAUAAGUCUUCCUAGUAAUGUCUCAGAUAUUCAGAAUGUUCAGCCAUUCAAUAGAAAUUGAUAGUUUGUAAUAUAGUUGUUACUAAUGUUAGACAGCAGACUAUAAUCAUACUUUUAACAUAGUAUAUUAAUAUUGUAAUACUUAUUACGAAACUAUAAUAAGCCUUUCAUUAAAGCUGCUUUGUCACUUUUUUUCAAAGGGACACUACAAGCAUCUAAAACACUACAUUUCAGUAUUUUUGUUUUCAAUAGGAAUUUUUCAAAAUUAACCUUGUUAUAUCCCCCAUGGCUGUCAGACAAUCGAUCCUGCUACAUCCUCAGUGGAGCUAAACUCAAGAGGCAGCAACUGAGCAUUCUCAUUAAAGGAACACUAUAGUCACCUAAAUUACUUUAGCUAAAUAAAGCAGUUUUAGUGUAUAGAUUAUUCCCCUGCAAUUUCACUGCUCAAUUCACUGUCAUUUAGGAGUUAAAUCACUUUGUUUCUGUUUAUGCAGCCCUAGCCACACCUCCCUGGCUAUGAUUGACAGAGCCUGCAUGAAAAAAAAACUGGUUUCACUUUCAAACAGAUGUAAUUUACCUUAAAUAAUUGUAUCUCAAUCUCUAAAUUGAACUUUAAUCACAUAGAGGAGGCUCUUGCAGGGUCUAGCAAACUAUUAACAUAGCAGGGGAUAAGAAAAUCUUAAUUAAACAGAACUUGCAAUAAAGAAAGCCUAAAUAGGGCUCUCUUUACAGGAAGUGUUUAUGGAAGGCUGUGCAAGUCACAUGCAGGGAGGUGUGACUAGGGUUCAUAAACAAAGGGAUUUAACUCCUAAAUGGCAGAGGAUUGAGCAGUGAGGCUGCAGAGGCAUGUUGUAUACACCAAAACUGCUUCAUUAAGCUAAAGUUGUUUAGGUGACUAUAGUGUCCCUUUAAAGGGACACUAUAGUCACCAGAACAACUACAGCUUAAUGUAGUUGUUCUGGUGAGUUUUAUCAUCAGGGCCUUCUUUAAGGAGGGGCAAAGGAUUGAGCAGUGAGGCUGCAGGGGCAUGUUCUAUACACCAAAACUGAUUCAUUAAGCUAAAGUUGUUCAGGUGACUAUAGUUCCCUUUAAGCUGCAUUUGGAAGUCUGUGAUUGAACAGCCACAGAAAAUCUGGCAGGGGAGGAAGGGGCUCUUGCAAGCUGUUUUUAGAUAUAAUCUCAAAGUAUAUAUUUUUUUAAUUUUUUUUUAUAUGGGCAUUUGGGCAUUGGUGUGUCCCUUUUAAAAACAGUUGUUAAAAAUACACAAAUAGUUUCUAUGAUUUCUGCUCUUGUUGUUCUUUCAAUUACCUGGGCACUCCUUGUCUUAAUUAACCCCUUAACUCAGCGUGUAUGGCAUGCCAUCCUACCUAAAGUGGGCUUUUAAGCCUGUAGGACAGCACAGAACGUCCUGCAUAUUUGAUGUGUGCAGGGUUAAAUUCCCGCCCAGACCUGGGAACCCCAGAUAACAAUGGAUACUUGGGGCUCCCCCUGUCUGCUGGGGUCAUUUACAGGCCCCAGACUUUUAGAUGACCUGUUUGCUGUGCUUGAAGCCAGUACUGCAAGCAGCUCUUUAAAUGGGCGUUUAAAUGAUGUGAAGAUUGCGGUGUGAGCAAAUUUAAAUCCCUGCUUCACCACUAACAGCAGGUUUCAAUGGAUGCAUGGAGCUCCCCUUAAUGUGUUGGGGCUAAUUUUAGUGGCCCCAAACUUUUUGAUCAGCUCCUUGAAGUGCUGGAAGUAAUUCUUUAAAACAUUUUUGUGCAGAUCAUGGUGUGAGCAGGGUUAUAUGACAUGGACACUGGCUUCUGUAAGCCAGCUGGGUCAAUUUUUAGUUGCCCCAGGCUGUCAGAUGAGCUCUGUGCAACGCUAGAAGUCUGCACUGCACAGAGCCCUUUAUAUUCAAUUAUAAAUCCGCAGCUGAGCGAUUGCGCUCGGCUGCUGUUUUUGUGUGGUGCAGCCUGCUCAGGAGAGACCCUACAGGAUCUGAAUAGAGACUGACAGGGUUAACCAGCCUAUGGACCAGUGCAUGGCUUUGACAGGUUCCCAACACCAAUGUCAAUAUAUGUGGCUGGGAAUCAGGCUUAUUCAGAAUUUCACUAGUACAGUAGUACAAUAGUAUACUACUUUCUCUGUAUAUAUCCUAUGCCUGACAUGUCUAGACACUGGGCGGAGCUACCACCGUCAAGAAGUGUCAAUCUUCCCAGCCAUCAUCCGUGAUGGCUGCAGGGAAUUGGCUCGGCCUAUGGAGGGUCUCAGGGGAUGUAAUGGGAACAAUCCAGGUCAGUACAAAAGGAGAGUUUUUGAGAUUUACUGAUUACAGCUUAGUUCUUGGAAAAUUAAACACAUAACGAGAUAGAGAGAGAUAUAUAUAUAUAUAUAUAUAUAUAUAUAUCUCUAUCUAAUAUCAUUGUUUAUUUAUUUUGCUUGACUUGAUCAAAGUAUUGUACCUGCUUGACAAUCUAACCAAAAAUAAUUUUGCAGGGUAAUAAAGGAGGUGUUGCCAUCCGUUUCCGAUUUCAUAAUACAAACCUGUGUGUUGUAAACUCCCACCUGGCUGCUCACGUUGAAGAAUAUGAGAGGAGAAAUCAGGAUUUUAGAGAAAUUUGUUCUCGAAUGCAGUUUCCCCAAGAGGACCCAACACUUCCUCCUUUGUCCAUCCACAAACAUGAGUGAGUUUCUCUUUUACAACAUCACAACCUUUUUAUGGUGGGGUUUUAAACAUAAUGGGGAUUAUACGCUAAACUGGAUUGUAGUGGAGCAUGGACAAGGGAAUUUUAGACUUGCAUAACUGAACUGGAAACCUGUUGGAGAUUUUUACCAUUUCCUAGACUGUUCAAUUCUCUUGCCAAUCUCAAUUAUUCAUAGUUCAAUAAACAAAGUUCAACACUUUUUACAUUCACAAGACUUUUAGUUGAAUUAAAAGUGAAAACAUUUCAUUGUAAACGUAAAGGAUAACUGUAGUCAAAUAUUGUGAUUAGAUAAACUGCUUACAUAACAACAUGUUAUGUAUUGUGUCCAUCAACCGUUUUAUGUAUAUCAUGCUAUAGAAGGUUGUGUGCAUAAUGUCCUUGCAUGAAUAAGCACAAACAAAAAAUAGUUUUGGAUGGUCUUUCCUCAGAACGAUGUCUUGCUUUAUAUAUGUGUCUGUUUUUUUUUGUUUUGUUUUUUUUCUGACAGUCUCCCUUUAUCUCAUUCUUAUAUAUGUUUACUUCUUUCUAUCUCUGUCUGUUUGCCGGUCUAAAAGUGGGCAAACGCUAUAUCUCUUAUAUAUCCAUUAGCUAGAAGUUUUGGUGUGCUUCAUCAAGGUCUUGAGAUUGAACUCUCUAUUCAUAUCCAUAUAUGCUUGUUUCUGUCCCAACCUUGCUCUGUUUAUCUGGCUAAGAGAGAUCUAAGGUUAGGUACAGAGAUGUUAUUGAACGAUAACUCACAUGACUUUCUGACAUCUAAAAGGUGAGAUAGUGACAUGUCUGCCUGUCUAUCUAUCUCUGCCCACCUGUGCCUCUCUGUCUGUACCUCUGCUUGUUUUAUCUAUAUUGUUUUCUUGUCUGUCUCUGUAUCCAUUAUACAUAACCGUGAACUGGCUCUUUUGGAAACGGUUAUUGAGGGGUUCUGGAAACAUCAGACUAAACCACAAGACCAAAUGUUGAGUGAGUUACAAAUGUCUUCAAAAUCCUGACAUGGCUUUAUUUUCCCUAUUAUUUUUGCAGUUAUGCAUCCUUUUAUAUUAAGUGAUAUUUUUAGGUUUGAGUUGGUGUUAAAAGGUUACUUCAGCCAUCAUAACCUCUACAGCAGGCAUGUCAAACACACGGCACGCUGGCCGCAUGCGGCCCACAACUAAUGUUUGCGGCCCGCGGCGAUGGAGCGUUGUGCGUAAGCUCUCCCUACUCAGCUCCCUGCAGUGAUGCCGGGAGCCGGAAUAUGACAUCACUCCGGCUCCCGAGGUGCUUGUGAGGGAGCUGAGCAGGGAGAGCUUAAACUCCAUGCUCCCUCACUGCCUGUCUGCCCCCAGUCUGCCUGUCCAGUAGCCCUACUAGACCUCAGGUAAGAAAUCCACCCAGCCUUUGGUGGAUUAAAAUUAUUAUUAUUAUUUUUUUUUUUUUUUAAUCUAAGUGGGAAAUGUGUGUAUGGCUCUAUCCAUGGCUGGCUGUGUGUGUGUGUGUGUGUGUGUGACUGUGUGUGUGUGUGUGUUUCUGUGAGGGAGCCUGUGUGUCUGUCAGUGUAUGUGUGUAUCGGAGUGAUUCUGUGUGAAUGUCAGUGAAUGUGUUUGAGGGUUUCACGGAGUAAUGGGAGGAUCUGCUUUUUUUAAGGUGCAGAUGGGGCCAUUGGGGAUAUACCAGAGGCCGAACUCCGGACACUGCUUGUUGGCUAAUGUGUUUUUUUUGUUUUGUUUUUUUAAAACCUGGGCAGGGGUGUAGUAGAUGAGGGGGGGGCUGGGGUUUAGUAGAUCAGAGGGGGGGGCUGGGGUUUAGUAGACAUGGGACAGGUGGUUUAGUAGAGGGGGUCGCUGGGUUUUUUUUAUACUGUACUUUUCAAAAUAAACCUACGUUUCUAUGAAAAUUUAAGUUUUUUUUUUUUUGUUUGUUUUUUUUUGCGGCUCACAUAAACUUAAACAUUGUUUAUUUGGCCCUUGCUAGCCUUUGAGUUUGACAUGCUUGCUCUGCAGCCUAUGAUGCCAUGAGUACCCUGGUAAUGGGGCAAACCGUUUGCAAUGAUCUGCCCUCUUAUCUGGAUCUGCCCGAACCUUCUAUUCUGUUAAGUGACAUGCAUCAGCAGAGUUGCCGUAACAUGAUGGCAAUUCCAUUAUUCAUUCAUUGGCUUAGAGCAUCAGCCUAUCGCUCUUAGCCAAUGAAUGACACUCUGUGCAUAGAAAUAUACACAGGUUUGACAUUAUCCAGCCUUGAACACUUGCUUCCCACUAACUAAUCAUGCUACUGGAGGUGUAGUUACAUUCAGGCAACAAAAAGGUUAUAAAUUUAUGUGCACAUAUAGACUCAAAUCUCAAUGACCACUUGGAAAACCUGAAGUGGUCAUGGUGCUUGGAGUCACCCUUUAAGGUGACAUAGCGAUAUUGUUUAGUGUUCGUGUAGUGCAUGGGUCGUCAACCUGGUCCCUACCACUCACUAGUGGGCGUUUCGGGAUUCCAGGUGGGCGGUAGGGACUUUGGAGGUUAAAACCUCCUUUUGUGCGCGAGUGAGCACACACAUCAAGAAACCAGCGUGCGCGAGUGAGCGCACACAUCAAGAAACCAACGUGCGCGAGUGAGCGCACACAUCAAGAAACCAACGUGCGCGAGUGAGCGCACACAUCAAGAAACCAACGUGCGCGAGUGAGCGCACACAUCAAGAAACCAACGUGCGCGAGAAUGCGUGUGGUAGGAUUUUCGGAAGUCAAAACCUCCUUUUACGCGAGUGGGCGGGCGGUGCAGGCGGGCACGAGCGCACACAUCAAUCAACCUCCUUUUGUUCGAGAAGGGGUCGGGCGGGAGCGAGCGCACGCAAACACGUGGGAAGAGGAAGGGGAGGAGUGAAAACUGAUAGCAGGGACAGGCAGAAACGGAGCAGAGCAGUUGCAAAAGAAAAGUUAUAGGCAGGAGAAAGAGAAUUGUUGGCUAAUAAUAAUAAGUGGGCUAACUAGCUCAGCCUUACUUUUGUACCUCAGGAAGGUAAAAGAAAGGAGAUAAAAAGGAAAAGAUAAAAAAAAAAAUAACAAAAGGAAGAAAAAUAGAGAAAAGGGGAUAAAAUAAAGGAGGAGAGUAAGCAGUGUUUAGUCUGGCUCAUAAAUUAAGUUUUUUUUUAUCUUAUCAAAUAAAAGAAAAAAAUAAGUAAGGGAAGGAGAAAAAAAAAAAAAGGAAAAAGAGAUCCUUGAUAUAGUGAUAUACUAUAAGGAAGGUAAAGAGGCAGGCAGGAAAAGGGAUUUCUUUUGAUGGUGACAUUUAAUAAAAAUUGGCACCUAAUACAGCAUUGUUUUUGGUGUUAGUAAUAAAAGGGAAAAGAGGAGGGAAAAAAGCACUGUGUGGAGUGCAGAUCAAAACGUAAGAGUAAAAGUAGUAAUUACUUUUGUAAUUUUGGCAGUGAUGGAUACCAAAAACUCUGGCAAAAUAAAAAAAAAUGCCUGCGUUAUAUCCAAAUAUGUGGAAAAUGAUGUUCAAUUUAUUGAUACCUUUCCCUACCACAUAUCUUGUAGAAUCAGGAUUUAGUGCUGUUAAUCAUAUUAUGAGCAAACAGAGAAACCGUCUGAAUAUCAACGAAAGAGGAGACCUUCAUUUGUUCCUUACGAAAAUCGAACCAGAUAUCAAAUAUUUAGUCUCGCAGCAUCAGCCUCAAGGAUCUCACUAGUAAAGCUUUCAAUUUACUUUGUUUUCUAAUUAAACUUUAUAAAGUUAAAAACAUUAUAAACAUGCAUUAAGUAGAAAUAAAAAGAUAAAUGUACGUACAUUUUUUUUUUUUUAAAACUCCCUCCUUUCUAAAAAAUAUUCUGCGUUUGCGCAAAAACUGGUGGGCGGUAAGGAAAUUUUCCCAUCAAGAAAGAUGCAUUAGUGGGCGGUAGGUAGAAAAAGGUUGACUACCACUGGUGUAGUGUGUUAAUAAAAUGCAGGAGUUAGGGUAAUGUUGGGGUUAAUGCUUAGUGUAGUGUAGAAGAGACGACUUUACUGUAAGGGCAGCACUGGGACAUAUGUGUCCCAUGAGAAUGCCUGAGAAUAGUGAGAAUUACAGUUUCUAGUGGCUGAUUGGGAGUGUAACUCCCACUAAUCAAGGCAGAUCAGGAUAUGUAGAACCCCUAGUGUGCAUGGAAGCGAUUCUCCUUUAUGGGAAAUAAGCACUUGGAUAGCGUCUACAUCCAUGGUGUAUGGAACACACGCAUAGUUACUGAAUUCCUAAAAUAAAUGCACAGAGAAACAAAUAAGCUGCCAGAACAACCAGUUGCAAUUAAUAAAAUGGGGAAAAGAGCUAAAUAUUGAAAUGUACUAUAGUGAAUGGGGAGAGACCUUAGUUAAGGUAAAUAAGUGUACUCCUAAUGUAUCUUUGAGUGAAACCUUUUUCAAGGUAGCCAACAGGUGGUAUCUUGUUCCUACAAGAAUGGCUACUAUUGAUCCUAAAUUAUGUUGGAGAUGUGAAAACAUAAUUGAUGGUCUCAGCAGGAGACAGGGUAAUGGAAAUACAUUUAAAAUAUGAGCUUUUAUUAGUAUUUAGGUAAGAAUCACCUAUUUUAAUUGUAUAACAUGAGUCAAGCCAUGGUUAAAAAAACAAAACAAUACUAUAUUUGUCAUGACAGGCUCACUUUAAAGCAGCACUUUCACCCAUGCCUUUGCAAAAUAAGUAUUUCAUAAAUCAAGAAUAUUUAUUGAAUACUUAUAUUUACUGUUAGAUUUUUACUGAAAUUCCCAGUCAAAAGCUAUAUUGAGACAAAGGAAGAAUUACUUGACACUGGGUGGAGCUGCCGCCGUCAUAUGUCAGGCGUCACCAGUAACGACCACAGGGCUAUUGGCUCUGUUUAUGCAGGAUCCCGCAGGCCCUUGGGAUCCUCCAUAGACCCACUGGCGGAUCCGGGGGGGGGCAACGGGGCAAUUGCCCCCCCCCUCCCCCCCGAGAAAUCCGCCGGUCUCCCUCUCCCUCCCCUGUCAGCACAUGCAGGCGCUAGCCCUGCAAUGUGCCUGCGGACCGGAAGGGAGAUCACAGAUCUCCCUCCCCGGUCCGCAGGCACUGUGCUGACAGCCGGCGGGGGAGGGAGAGGGAGGACCCGGGAGCUCAGUCUGUAGCUCCUCCGGGUCCUCCUCUCGCGAGAUUUGGAGCGCGGCAACGCUCCAAAUCUCGUGAGAGUGAACUCUAGCCCGGGAGCGCGGGCUAGAGUUCACUGUAACCACUGGGACCACCAGGGAUGAAAAUAUGUCCCCCCUCCUCCUCAAUAAAGGUAAGAAGGGAGGGGGGACAUAGAAUAUUUGUUUUUUUUAAUUAAAUAGAGAUAGAUAUUAUAAAAAAAAGCCCCCCCCUACCCUUAACACACACACAUAGCCCCCAUACAGGGCCGGUGCUAGGAUUUUUGACUACACAGGCGAAGAUGCAUUUUGACGCCCCCCCCCCCCAAAAAAAAAUAAACAAUGCAUCUUCACCUCUGUGUCUCGUAGCCCCCUUUUGAAUUUCUUACCCCCAUUAGUGUUGCAUAUCCACUCUCUUGAAUGUCUUACCCCUUUGGCCCCUUUGUGCCUUACACCCCCCUUUAGUGUGUCUCCUACAACCCCUAUUAUGUAUUUCUUACUUCCCUGCCAGCCCCUAUCUAUCUCUCUUUUUCUCCCACAUAGACAUAGAUACAGGCUAAAAUACAUACAUGCACAAAUACACAAACAUACAGACACACAACCAUACAAGCACACAGACAUAAUUUUUCAGGCACACAGUCACAAAGAUAUACAGACACACAGUCAUAAAAGGCACACAAACAAACACAGUCAUACAAUCUACACAUACAGGUACAUUGUCGUACAAACACAGACAUACAUUCAUACAGACACAGGCAUUCACAGAAAUACAUACACAGACAUAAAGAAACAGAGAUAGGCAUACAGAGACAUACAUACACAGACAAACAAAGAACCCUGCACACUGACACCGUGUAAAUGCUCCGGCCAUCAACAGAGGUGGAUGCUCCAUGUCAGGCAGACAUUGCUGGAUCCACCAGUAAAGUCUUCAAAAGGAAUAAACGCAGGCAACACUCCAAUAGUAAGGAUGGUAUAUUUAUUGGUAGGUGAACCACCCCAUAGAAAGUGUGAUGUUUCAGCUCAUGCAAUAAGGCUCUGCUGAGCCGAAACGACGCACUUUCUUUGGGGUGGUUCACCUAUCAAUAAAUAUACCAUCCUUACUAUUGGAGUGUUGCCUGCGUUUAUUCCUUUUGAAUACAUACACACAGUCAUACAGAGACAUACAUACUGUAUGUCUCUGUAUGACGGUCUGUGUAUGUACACAGGAUAGCUAAAAGAUAGAUCCCCAUCUGUCGUGCAACUUCAACAAUGCUUUGAAAGCUGGGGCUCUACCGAUUCCCCAUUCUUGCAGGAUUGUAUUUAGCAUGGAGCAGUAUUUGUGUGUUUGACUGUAAGCAUGUGUUUGUAUGGAGUAUGUUUGUAUGAUUGUAGCGGUGUGUUUGUAUGUAGUGUUUGCAUUUGAAUGCAAGCAUGCAUUUAUGUGUAGUGUUGGUUUUUGAACGUAGGUGUGUGUUUAUAUAUAAUUUUGGUGUCUGAUACAGAGGUGUGUUUGUAUGUAGUGUUGACAUUUGAAUGCAGGGGUGUGUUUGUAUGUAGUGUUGACGUUUGCAUGUAGGUGUUUAUUUGUGUGUAGUGUUGUGUUUGAAUGCUGAGAUAUAUGCACAUAUACACAUACACUGCCACACACGCACACACGGUCAUACACAUACACAAAGAUACACACACUGACACAUGCAGAUAUACAUAUACACAAACUGAUACACAUUCAGAUAGACACACAGGUACACACAAACACUGACAGACAUACAGAUAAACACACAGUGACAUACAGACACACAUACACAAUGAUAGGGAAGAAGACACACAAAGACACACUAACAGACAGACACACACACACUAACAGACAUUUAGAUACACACAGACACAUGGACAGAGACAUAUACAUACACACACUGACAGACAUGGAUGCACACACACACACUGACAGACAUAGAUACACACACACACACACUGACAGACAUACACACACACACUGACAGAGAUAGAUACACACACACACUGACAGACAUACACACACACACACUGACAGACAUAGAUACACACACACACUGACAGACAUAUACACACACACACACUGACAGACAUAGAUACACACAGACACACUGACAGACAUACACACACACACACUGACAGACAUAGAUACACACAGACACACUGACCAACAGGUUCAGAAGGGGGGCUUACCUGGGAUCCAAAGUGCUGCCUAAGGUAGUUGGGAGUUGGAGGAGCUGGUCCUGCCCAGCCCCCCUCCUCUCUGCCUUCUGCUGCUCUAGUCUUCUUGGGAGGACUUCCUCCCAUGCUGAAUAGAAGGGGGCCCGUAGCUCCGCCCCUGCUGGGCACCAGCCGCGCUGUGUGCUUCAGUGGGAGCAGGGAUAUGACGUUCAUAUCCCCGCCCCCUCCACACAGUCCGCGGCAAUGCAGGUUGGCGCUGCUAUAAGUAGCGGGACCGUGGAGAGGCGAAGCAAGCGCUUUCCAGGCUACUCGGGAUAUUUGCGCUGGCAGUGUUGCCGCUUGUGCUGCCAGAGGGAUGCGCUGCUCUGCUCUAUACUUCUAAGGCUGGCUACAUACGCCCCUAAUACACAUACUGCCCCCAUACACACACAUACUGCCCCCCAUGCUGCCCCCCCCCCAUACACACACACAUACGCCCCCAAUACACAUACUUGCCCCCCCAUACACACAUAUACUGCCCACCAUGCUACCCCCCCAUACACACAUAUUGCCCCCAUACACACAUACUGCUCCCCAUACACACAUGCUGCCCCCCCCAUACACACAUGCUGCCCCCCUGCCCCAAUGCACACAUACUGCACAUACUGCCCCCCAUGCACACAUACUGCCCUCAUGCACACAUACUGCCCUCCAUACACACACACUGCCCCCCAUACACACACACUGCCCCCAUACACUGCCGCCCCAUACACACGCAUUGCCCACACUCACACACACUCUGCUACUGUUACACACACAUGCUGUCCCACACAUACACUGCAUCCCUGACAUACUCUGCCCCUCCUACUCACACACUACAACCUUCACACACACACACACACACACACUGCUCACACACUCCCCCCCACACACACACACACACAUUGCACCACUCACACACACCACUGCUCCUAUGCCCUACUACCGCCCCAUUUCCCAGCAGACCUCAGGUAAGUUGUCAAACUGUUCUUAAACGGGUUGACUACUUACUCUAGGAGGGGGUCCCGGCACUAUUGACACCAUAACCACUACACUGAGCUGUAGUAGUUAUUGUGUCUGGAUUAUUUCUUUAAAUAAUCUACAAGUGCCCCUCCCUAGAUCAGGCUCUGGAUCCGCCACUGCAUAGACCGCUCUGUUGUAGUCGUGUGCAUACACAACAGUGUAGCAGUGAUGUUGGCUCCUGGCAGCUGAAUGAAACGCCAGGAGGAGAAAAGGCAAAGGUGAUUUAUUUUUUCUAACAGGUUCAGGUAAGGAAAAUCACCUUUGCCUCACCCUACAGCCACCAGACCCCCAGCGACAAGGUCACCAUCAAAGGUCUUGCAGAUUAUGUAAAGUCCCCAGACAGUAACAGUGCUGCUUUAAUCAAUUCAGUGAGGUAAUUCACAAUAAUGAUUAAUACAAUUUAAUGCAGCUUACUUGUUUUUCUGUGGAGAUAAUUUGUGUAUUUGAUUUUAAAUUAUAUCGUGGUACUUCACAAGAAUCCUAUUAAGUUAUAUACUAAAAAGAUAAUUGAAAGUUAAAGGGAUUCUCCAGUGCCAGGAAAAGGCUAGAAAUGAUAUUUUCUCUAUCUGCAUGUCUGUUUGUUUUACCUUUCUGUCUUUGAAAAAAUGUCCAAACAUGUAAAUAUGUACAGUUUCUAAGAAUAGCUGUAACUUAUUGUGGAAGUGGAUAUGCAUCACUAUCUGCAUGUCUAUCUUUAGACCUGUUUCUGCAUGUCCCAAUGUGUUUUUUUUUUCCUGAUCUUUUUGCCUGGUCUCCUUUCUCUUAGGCUGUUUAAGUUGUAGGAUGUAUUUUAAGGUCUCAAGCUGGAGCCAAAGUACUCCAUGAUCUUUUUAUAAGCACAGCACAUCAGAUGAAAGAUGACUACUGCCCUGGUUUCUGUGAAGCUUAUCCUCACAUUUUCUUGUUUUAUUUUUCUAGUGUGGUUUUAUGGCUUGGAGAUUUAAAUUACAGAUUAAAAGAUGUAGAUGUGGAGAAAGUGAAGAAACUAAUUGAAGACAAGGAUUAUCAGACUCUUUACAAGUAUGAUCAGGUAAUAAUGUCCAUUUUUACUCACCCUUAACCCCUUAAGGACACAUGACAUGUGUGACAUGUCAUGAUUCCCUUUUAUUCCAGAAGUUUGGUCCUUAAGGGGUUAAAUACCCUUAAGAGCUGUUCGGUGUGCCCUUUUUGUGGGAAUCGAUGCACAGCCUGUAAGAGAUGAUACAUUUUAGCAAACCUAAGGAAUUAAGAAAAUUCAGGACAUAUUUAGUAAGGUGCUGUAUUUUAUGCAGCCGAGGAUUUCAUUAAAUUCUACAUGACUUUGUAGCCCACAAUUGCAUAUGCUAAGGCUCAAUUGGAUAUUUGUAUCCAUGAGUACUUUUAGAUUUGUUCACAGUGAAAAAUACAGACUCCUUUGUCCCCCUUUGCUGACCUGUAUCCCCUCCUACUGCCCAUGGCCCCCACUACAGACCCUAUAAUCCCCAUCUACAGCCCCUGUGCCCCCACCACAGCCCUUUUUUUCCCUACAGCUCCUGUGCCACUCACUAAAGCCCCUGGCCCCCACUACAGCCCCUUUCUCCCUCACCCCAGCCCCUUUCUCCCUCACCACAGUCCAUGUGCCCCCCACCACAGCCCCCCUUCUACAUUCCCUGUCACAGCAGUAUUUGACGGUUCUAUUUGACUCUCAGAAUGCAAAUGUCGCCCCCCAUUUGCAUCCUCUGUCGCCCCCAUCUGCAUCCUCUGUCUGUCGCCCCCAUCUGCAUUCUCUGUCUGUCACCCCCAUCUGCAUCCUCUGUCUGUCGCCCUCUUCACCCCCCUUCCCCUCUUCACCCCCCUUCCCCUCUUCACCCCUCUUCUGGCACAAAAUGCAUUUUCACCUGUGUAGCCAAAAAUCCUUGCACCAGCCCUGGCUCUACCUUAUUUAAAUUUGUGAACCAAAUCAGGAGAGCAAACAAAAAAGUCAUGAAAAUAGACCAGUCAGUGUGCUGCAAUACUGAAAAUCAGUAAUUAAAAACCCUCAGCAUUUGUAAUUGAAAUUCCUUUGGAAGCCCUCCUCACCAGUCUGCAUUUAGAGAAAUGCUUCGCUUCCAAUUCUGGUCCAUUUAUAUUUGAGGAGGGGAUGAGAACACAGAAUUCAUGCUUGACUGGCUGCUGGUUGGGACUUGAGUGACUUGGUUUAUUGGAGGGAAUGAAUCCACUCCCUGUUGCCUACUAUAACAAUGAUCUCGUAUGAUAUGAGAGCAGAUACAUAUUUUUGAACAUUCAAAAAUAUUGUAUGUGAUUAUUUUAACAUGAAAUACAAUACAGGCAUACCCCACUUUUAAGUACACAAUGGGACCAGAGAAUAUAUGUAAAACGAAAAUGUACUUGACCCCUUAAGGACCAAACUUCUGGAAUAAAAGGGAAUCAUGACAUGUCACACAUGUCAUGUGUCCUUAAGGGGUUAAAGGACCACUAUAGGCACCCAGACCACUUCAGCUUAAUGAUUGGAAAGGAGGAGGAGAGUCCCCAGCGCUGGAAAAAAGGUAAGGGAUUAACCCCUUCCUCCCCCUAGAGCCCAGCGGGAGGAGGGGGGAACCCAGAGGGUGACCCCAAGGACCAUAUAGAGCCAGGAAAACAAGUAUGUUUUCCUGGCACUAUAGUGGUCCUUUAAAGUGAAGCAAUACCUUUUUUCACUUCCCAAUGCAUGUACUGCAUGGCAAUAGUCAUUUUCAGGCAUAACUGAUACAGCAACUGCAGAUUUCCAGUGAUUUUAUUUCCAGUGAUUUAUUUAGUGAUUUCCAGUGGGCUUUUAUUCAGUUAAAAUAAAUAGUAAUUUAUCUUUAAUGUUUUACUCCUCUGACAACCUUAUACUGGGAGGAAAAGUAAAAUAAACCUGCCCACUGAGCCAUUUUCUGUCAAUACAGUUCCAAUUUGUAUUUGUUAGCAGCUUAGUUGCACACUUUGUUUAGAAACACCUCUUCAUCACUUUAAGCAUUUAUGGUUUAACUUUGAAUCCUAGUGGCUAAUGCAGCUCAGCUGCUAAGUCAUAGUAAUGGAAAAUGGCAGGGUAAACCCUUUCACUGGAUGGUGCCGAUUGCAGAAUAGGGACAAAGUAGGGGCAGGAAAAAAAUAAAAAUAUAUAUAUAUGUUCAGCUGGGAGUAGGCAUUAGAAAUUUGAGAUGAUUAACCUGUGCCAUGUCAGAAGGUGUGAAAAGUUCUUGCCCCAAAGACACUGAACUGAGCUGCUCCGGGCGAGAAUAUAACCUUCCAUUUCCUGUUCACUCGUGGACAGAAGAAGCACGGGAAUGUCUGUACUCGCGAAUGUACUUAGAGUGAGUGUAUGUAAAGCGGGAUAUGCCUGUAUUUGUGUGAUUGUGCAUUGAGUUGUGAUUGUUAUACUCUGUCACCCUCUGGUGUCCAAAAGGGGACUUUGAAGUAAGAUCUUUAGGCAAAUUUCUGUGGACAUUCUGUGCAUCACAUUUUAUUGUAACAGUGGAUGUUGCACAUCACUUGUCUAUAUAUAUAUAUAUAUAUAUAUAUAUAUAUAUAUAUAUAUAUAUAUAUAUAUAUAUAUAUAUAUUUUGUUUUCCAAGUGGUUUUAGACUGCUGCCUUUUUAAAAAUAUAUAUAUAUAUUUUUUGAAAAUUAAAAUUUUAUUAAAAUUUUUCAUUGAACGUAUAAUUACGUUUCAGGUUGCAAUAAAGAGGUAGGACUCGCAGGUCCUUGGCAUGCAAAUGUACUUCCAGAAUGCUAGCCACGCAGGGCUGCGAUAGGCAAGUCAAACAGUUAAGGAAAACCAUCUAUACCAUAUAUCAUAAAUGUCAGGAAGGUUACAGACCAGCUUAUAAUGCAAAACAAAACAACAUAUUUGUAGGUAGAGUGUAUAGUAUCAGGGUGUAUCCUAUGGAGUCUCAGUCUUGUAUUUCUGACGAUAAUAAAAGUUGCCUUCAACUCGUGAAGAGACAUUUACCUUAAAAAUAAAAAACAAAUAUUACACAAAUUGCCAAGCACAGGUUAUACUGUCUGCUCCUUUUCAUAUUGAUUGUGUUUAGUUCUAGUUAUCAGUUAUCAAUGGGACUGUUGUAAGAAUGUAAAACAUUUACAACUUGGCCCAAAGUCUUACAGCUGAUUGCUAUUUACUGAACGGUUUUGUACAACCCUGAAAAUCCUGUUUGUUUUAUUGAUUGUGUCACACCUUGGCUUGUUCACAACAUACAUGUUAGUGUAUGUUUUUAUGACCAUAGUUUAUAGGGUAUUGGGAGCUACUGCAUGCUAGUAAGAUUUUAAUAAUUUCUAAGUUUCUAGUCCUCAAUCCUGCAUCCUUUGCUGGCAGUAACCUUUCAAUAAAUGGUGGAUUUGUGAUAAUCUGUUUUAUGUUUUUUGUUUUUGUUCGUUCGUUGUGCAUAGCUAAAGCAACAGUUUGAUGAAAAAGCAGUAUUUGAUGGUUUUACUGAAGGCGAGAUAACGUUUCAGCCAACAUACAAGUAUGAUACAGGUUCUGAUGAAUGGGACACUAGGUGAGUCAAUCCUAAGUAUACAGUUUGCAAAAGUGAACUGAACAAGGCUUAGUGGAUAGACACAUGAUCAUGAUGACAUUUUAUUAUCUCGUGAAAAAUUUGUAAAACUUAUAUUUCAUGUAGCACCAUGAUGUUGCAUGUGAAUGUAAUUUAAUCUGCUUAAUGACCACUUUCUUUUUCUUGACAUGAUUUUCUACAUUUUUCUUUUCAACUUUUCUGCUAUAAGCACGUAUUAGGUAUUCCUCAGAUUAAUGUUUUUCAUUGCUAAUAAUUCUAUAUUUAUCUUUGUGCCUUAAAAUCUUAAUAUCUUUGUAUCUUAAAUAGUGAGAAAUGCCGUGCCCCGGCCUGGUGUGACCGCAUACUGUGGAAAGGAAAGCAUUUAACUCAACUGUGCUACCGAAACCACAUGGAUCUGAAGACCAGUGACCACAAGCCAGUCAGCUCAGCAUUUGACAUUGGGGUAGGACGUCCUUGUAUUGUGGGCUAAAAACUAUGUCUACUGGCAUUCCCACCAGACUCCAACUUGACACAAUAAUGUCUACCUUGUAAACAGAAUCCAUUAACUGUCGUUUGCCUAUUUACCAUUCUUCUGUUUGCAUUAAAAAUGUGCUACUGGUAAAAUAAAAAAACUUAACAUUACAGGCAUUAUUAUUCCAGCCUGUGAGCUGUUCUUGGGGCUGCUUACACUUUACCAUUUGCUUAGUAGCACUAAGUUAUAUGGUAGCCCAUGCUCGCCAAGUCUUAUAGUCUCAUGCUUCGCUUUGGCAAACCACAUACAUUUCCAUUACAAACUGCCUCUAUACUGUAUUUGUUUUUGUCAUAGGUAUUUAUUAGUUUAUUUGCCAUUUUUUUUUUUCAAGCCUUGAAGCAAAGUGCUGGACCGUUUACCAUUACCUUGCUGUGACAUUUUAUAACCUCAGACCAUUAGGAAUUCUGCACAAAGCACUCUACUGGUUUGCAACACUUGUUUCUAUAGUAUUCUUUUUGUAUUAUUGAGUUUUUGGUUUUUCUUUUUUUACAAAUGUAACAAAUAUACAAAGACUUUUUGUAAAUGUAACAAACACAUCAAUUCACCAGAAUGUAAACAUCAAUUUCACCAUGUGAGAACAAGCAAGUUAACUCCCACUCAUUGCAAAUUACUUUUUUAAUAUUUUGUAUGUUCAGAACAAAACGAUUUUUUAAUGAAAGACCAGUAUUGUGUUAAAAUGAUACGAAUUGUCAAUAUUGGCAUAUAAGACAUGAAGCAUGUUUGUUCUUGUUUAUGGAAUAGAAAAUAAUUAGCUGUACCUCUAUCUGCUGCCAAAGUCUGAUAAUAUGACCAUAUAAUAUAUAAUGUAAACCAAAUGAUACUGCUUUGUGCAUUUGGUGGGAAGUUUUUAUACCACAGUUAAACCCAAGUUCCUCUGAAACUGCACAUCUUAGUUUUAUGAAAAGGUUUUGUAAAAUAUAGUAAUUUGUGGUUAUUUACGAGGAAGUGAAUUUGUGUUAAUUUAAUUUUCAGGUAAAAGUAGUCAAUGAAAAAUUGUACAAGAAAACCUUUGAAGAAAUAGUUCGCACCCUGGAUAAGAUGGAGAAUGACAGCAUUCCUUCUGCUACCUUAUCGCAGAGAGAGGUAUGCAUGUUUGUGACAUCAGCCAGAUGUCAUUUUAUUGUUUCAUAAAUAUUGAACUCAUUUGGCAAUUCCCUAAUGGAAAAAUCAGUUUUGUGCAAUCAAACGUGCAUCACAACUUGGCUGCUAAAACCAGCCAAAUCUCUAUCUUGGCAGAUUCUAGUGUUCACAACCAACCAAAUAGCAACCAAAUGCACUUCAUUUGUUUUAAUUUCUCUGAUACAGACAGGCGGGAAUUUACCUAGAACUGUAUAUAUGUAGAUGUGUGUGUGUGUAUAUAUAUAUAUAUAUAUAUAUAUAUAUAUAUAUAUAUAUAUAUAUAUAUAUAUAUAUAUAUAUAUAUAUAUAUAUAUAUAUACACUCACACACUCACACUGUCUCCGGUGUCUGGUCUCUCCCUUUCCCUUUUCUCUAGCACAAGCAUCAUUCCUUUACCUUGACAUACCAUUUAUUCCAGCAUUCCCUAUUUUAGUAAAUCCGAUUUUGUUCCACUUCAUAUUCCCUCACUCUCCCCACUUCAUCAUGGUUCUUUGUUUCCAUUAUUUCUAUCUACUCAGAGACUCUCCCUCAUUCUUUCAAUCCAGCAAUCCAUCCCACUUAACUGCAGACCUUUCUCUACAUCAUCAGAUACCUGAUAUUUUGCACCCACUUUUCACAGUUCUCACAAAAUCCCUGGUACAAAAAAAAAACACCAAGAACCAAGCUGAAAUAGUAGGCCAGGACUGUCCUUUUUUUUUUUAAAGACAAAUCCUUCACCUUGGUGUCGUUGGAUUGCUUCCUAGCUUGCCUUUAAGGGAUACUGUAAGCACUGUAGCUUAUAUUAUUGAAGUGGUUAUAGAGUCUUUUUUAUGCUUACAACAUUUUUAAUGAUUUGAUGCACAACAAGAGUCCCCAGGAGUCAAUCACCUCUGUUCUUCUUCAGCAGUUAGGAAGUAUUAGCCUGAGUAACAAAUGGCAGCUAUGAUUGAGCCUAUCACAGUACCCUUUGCUGGUAUGAAUUGGAAUGCUAGAAGGAAGUGAGUAUUCGCUAGGUUAGCCAUACUUCCCCCUAGAGCGUGGGCUGUGAGUGGCCAGAAACUCUUAUUUAUUGUUAAACUGCUUGAAAAUGGUUUAACAAUGAAUGGAGGGAUAGAGACAGGGGACUCUAAGCACUACACACACACUACUAUACAGUUAAGUGAGAUGACCUUUAAAGGUCAGACUGGCCCCAUCUCUAGCUUUUAAAAUAAUACAUAGUGGUAAAUAAUCACUGAAACAUGCUAGUGGAGUGCCUCCAAAAAGCAAUUUACCAUGAUAUUGUGAACACAAUUUAACCUUAUUAAUGAAAAAAACUGAGGGAAAUAAACAUAUAUUCUGUUGUACAGCGCUAUGGAAUUUGCUGCCGCUAUGUAAAUUAAUAAUCAUUACCUUUCCAGGUAGCACACCAACAUUUAAAAGUGGGUAUAAAAUCAUAAAAUGGAAAAUGUAGUGUGAUACUGUAUAGAAACUGCUGAAAGGAUCACAAGGAUUAGAAACACUGACUUGGGUGGAAACCCUUUGUUUAUCUCAAAACAUAAAAGCCUCACUGGUUAUUCAUAAAAAAAAAAAAUUAUAUUGUGUUAAAGUGAUAGAUUUAAUCAAACAUCUAGCACUUUAAUACAAAAUACCUCACAGUAAAAUAAAUAUAAUAUGGUCCACCACGCAGGACUGUAAGAGACCUAUUGGUCACUUUUUGCCGAUUAUUUGCUGCUUCGUUCGUAUAUAAGCAGUUCUGUGGAUUAUUCCCCUUAACAGUCUGCUGUUCUGUAAAUGCUGGCAUUCAUUGCUAUUAUUCUGUACAUGGAUAGGUCUCAGGGUCUGCAGAAUAGGCCCAUUCCCAGUAUCAUCGCCCCUAUGCAACAUUGCAAAACACACACAAAGUUCCAGUAACCCCCCUCCCACAUUGUGCCAAGUCACACGGUUGUUUUUCUAGAUCUCUACUGGAUGGUUGUCAUGGAUGCUGUCUCUAGCCUGUCUUGCAGUAUACAGGACAAUGUUUGUUUUGUACAGUUGUUUAAGAUAGUGUCACUAUUUCACUAUGUUAGUGUAAUGUGUAAGUGUAGAAUAAAUAAUAUUUGCAAGUAUUUUGAAAUGUAAUCAUUUAAUAUGAGACUAAAGUUGCUGAUCUAUCGAUACCUGUAGUUUUAUUUUAAGGAUGUCAAGUAUAUGCAGCUACAAGUGCAGACAUUCACUAUUCAUAAUGAUGGACAAGUUGCUUGUCAAUUUGAAUUUAUUGGUAAACUGGAUGAGUCCUCUUACAGCAAACCAUGGUUGAGAGCUAAUCCAAGCAAAGGAUUUCUGACUCCAGGUAACAAUGAUUUUCUUCCCUCAUUCUUGUGUGUGUGUCUUUUCCUAAUGCAGUGUUUUUCCUUAACCCCUUAAGGACCAAACUUCUGGAAUAAAAGGGAAUCAUGACAUGUCAGGGGUUAUGGGACAAUUCACGAUGGUCCCCUGCUUUUUUAUUUCUUAAUGGACAAAUGUUGGGUAUUAUAUCUUAAGACUCCUGAUAUAUCCUGUUUCAUUAAGAGUUUGAUUAUUUAUGCAAAGAAAAAAAUGCUUUGAAAAGAUAUUCACCUCGGAAUGUCUGUUUUUGGCAACAAAUAAGUGGGCUCUGAUCCAAUGACAUUGGUUUCAAUUAGGAAUUGGCUGUGUUUUCUUAACCGAUCCCUAGUUUCUUCUUCAUUUCUAUGGAGGCAAUUAAUGAACAUGUUUAUUAGUAUCAUGUCACAUAAGGACAUACACAGUAAUUUCUCAUUUGGUCAAUUGAGACUAUUAAAGCAAGUAAUUUGCAUCAUGCAUACCUGCCCUUCAGGUGUCUGGUGUCCUGUUCAUCAUUAAUCCCAGCUCUCAUUAGGCUUCUGGGUAAGUUUGGCAUCUGUAUUGUUUACAAUCCAGAUGCCAAACUUACCCAGGAGCUUCUUGAUAGCUGUGACUUUAUCUGUAACUGUCUGCUGAAAGGUACCUUUCAAGCUCCAGGUUACAGCUUAUACUUGUUGCAUAGGUCAUGUGGCAAGAGUCCAUUUUCCCUGUCUCUAUGCGCUCACUUACUUAGAAUUGCAGCAAUUUGCCAAAAAAAGUGAUGCAGAUAUAAUACUUCACCUUUUGUAUCUAAACAUUGGAGGGAGAAGGUAUAUUUAUUCCUACCAGUUUAUGGGAUAUAAUGAGAACCUACGGACCAGAGUUAUAGGCUAUUUUCUGUUCUGGUCAGAUAUCAUUGCUGCUGGUGCUUUCCUGUGAGUUUGCUGUGUUUUUUUGUAUUUUUAUUUAUUUUAUUUUAUUUUUUCUCUCAACAUGAUCUUUGUAAUGCCUUAAAAUUGGUGUACAGUUUAAGGUUGGAGAGAUAAAAAUUAUUUUCCUCAUAAUCCAUCAACCUUAGUGCUUAAAGUUGAAUUUUUUUUUCUUAUUUCUAAGAAGUAACACGGAUUGUGCCCAUUUCAUUUCCCUUUGCUGCAGGGUCAGAAGCAGAGAUCGAACUGGAAUUAUUUGUCAACAACCAAACUGCUGCUCAGCUCAACUGUGAUGAGCACGGACUUGAAGAUAUUCUCAUUUUGCAUCUCGAUCGAGGAAAGGAUUUUUUUCUUUCUGUGACUGGGAAUUAUUUGCACAGUUGCUUUGGAUCAUCUAUCCAGAUGUUAUGCUACAUGAGAGAGCCCAUCAGAGACAUGCCAGUCAGCAGGAUCAGACAGAUGGUACCAUUGCCUGUUUUGUUCUCACUUUGUAAUUGUCCUUUAAAUUAUAAGCGUAGUAUAAACCCAGUCUUCCACAGCCAUAAACAACUUGGAUUUGCCAUGUAGAAAUUAUUUGAACAUUUUUCAGUAUAGAUUAGACUAAGACACUCAUUUUUGUUCGGAAAGACGAAUGAACGAAUACAAAGUAUAAUGAAUGUCAAGAUUUACCUGUCAGAGCACUUUGGUUGACUUAGCUUUCCCUCAGCCCUGCAAGUGUUGUCUGCGCGGAUCCCCUGCAUGGUGAAGGUGGAUGAAUUUUCCAUCUGUAAUUUUCUUUAUUUACUUAUUUAUUUAUUUUGGCGAUCGGAUCCUUUUUUUAAAUUUUAAUUAUAUCAAUCGUUAUUUGGUCUUUUAUGGGGCUGGGGAAAAGAAGAUUGAAAAAAAAUAAAGGUAAGUUUGUUUUUUCUUUUUUACAUUAUGUCCCCCUCCCAUUCAUUUUAUUUUGUAGCUCCCACCAGGUAAUUAUUUUAAUAGUUGACCCACCAUGGUAGCAUGGGGGACCUGUGCCCGGUACCCCUACAGUGGAUUAGUCACUGGCUGUUGUAUCCUGUUUAGUAGACAUUCCCCUACUCACAGCACGGCGGGUAGGGGCAGGAGGGAGAAUUUUACUUCCCUUAUUUACUAAUACUAAGUAUUUUUUACCUGGUGUUAAUAAAGCUGUUUUAAAGAACAAAAUUAUGAAAAGGAAGGACUUUUUGUAAUUUUGGUAUUUCAGCUUCUUAGUGGAUGGCACCCUAAUCCUUGUGGGAAUGCCAUAAGGAUACCAAAAAGUUACCUACUGAAUAGCUCCCUAAUUUGGUGCCGUACGCAUACCAGAAAGGAGGUGUCUACUAAACAUCUCCCUAAUCUGGUACCCUAAAAUGUGGCAAUUCCAAAAGGGUACCAAUUCAGGGUUUUAGCUACUAAUUGGCUGCAAGAAAAUAAUGGCUGAAUUUAGUGCAAAAAUGAAUUCACAAGUGGCUGAAAUUUGGUUCGGAUGAAACAUUUAUUUUCUUCCAAAUGUGUAGGGAAAAAAUUGAAAUUUCGGCAGUGCCCAAGUCUAGUACAGAUUGAACAGUCUUGAUAUAAAAUGAGUGGUAUUUUGUGAAGCCUACCAACUAAGGUUAACAAAAAGCUGAUAGAUAUUUUGUGUGUGUGCAUAUAUAAAUAUACACAAAAAUAUAUAGUUCAGUAAUACCUUCCACAUAAUAUUGUCAAAACAGAACAAAAAAAAAUUUAAUUUGUCUUUGUUUUAUUUUCAGGCUCUCAGACCCUUACAAAUGAAAGAGGACUUUGUCGAUGCAGAGAAACCACAUGAAAUUCCAAAAGAACUCUGGAUGCUAGUGGACCAUUUGUAUCGUAAUGCUUCCCAAGAGGCAAGAAAUAUAUCCUUCUUUUAUUUCUGAGCACAGACUAAGCUUACGGGACAAUAUCAUUAUCUGAAAAAUGAGCUAUAACCAACUAGAGCAACUAAUUUUUUAUUUUUUUUAGUUUUUUUCUCCAACACUCUGAAAAUGGUUAUAUUUAAUGGUAGUCCAGCUGAACAUAAAGGAAGGAUCUUUUGCACUCUGUACAAGAAACAAAAAUGUCUUGUUUAACAAAAAUUGUCUGUGCUUGGUUGCUUUAAACUUUUAAUAAUUUAGAGAUAAACCUCUAAACUUUUGUUUAUGGUUUAUGUGACUGCAGGAAGAUUUGUUCCAACAGCCUGGAUUAAGAUCUGAAUUUGAAGCCAUCAGAGACUGUCUGGAUACUGGAUCUCCAGAAUAUCUCCGUAUCCUUCCAAAAUUAUAUAUAUAUAUAUAUAUUCACCUCAUUAUUAUUAUUAUUAUUUUAUUUAUAUCUCGCCAUCACAUUCCGUAGCGCUGUACAUUGGGUGGACUAACAGACAUGUAAUUUUAAUCAGACAAUUGGACGUACAGGAAUAGAGGGGUUGAGGGCCCUGCUCAAUGAGCUUACAUUCUAGAGGGAGUGGGGUAUAGUGACACAAAGGCUAAAAGUAGGAGUACGAAGUAGGUUGUUAGAAAAGUAUUCAUUGAGGGCUUAGUAGGAAAUUUUUGAAAGUUGCAGGAGAGGAGUCAUGGAGGGUGGGGGGAUAAAAAAACCUGCUAACAGUUUAACUGAUAUGCUUUUUUGAAGAAGUGAGUUUUCAAUGAUUUUUUUGAAUGAGUGGAGACUGGGUGAAAGUCUUACGGAGAAGGGAAGGGCGUUCCACAGAAGAGGUGCAGCCCUGGAGAAAUCUUGGAGGCGAGCAUCAGAGGUGGGAGUAUGGACAGAGGAUAGACAUUGCAAAAGCUAGUGAAGUGCUAUCAUGUAUUAAAUCACGUGAUCAUAACAUCAUUUUGUAUUUUUAGAAUCCUACCUUGAAUAUGCCUAUGAAAUGUUGGGCACUCAUUUUUAAAUAAGUAUACUGCAGAUCCAGAAAAAGUGUAGAGGCAAGCCUCAAAGUAAUGGGAUUGGAAGAACUUCGAAUAAAAAUGUAUACAGGAUUAGGAUUAGUACAAGCCACUAAACUAUUCAUUCCCGUCAAUAUACAACAAACGAGGUCAUCUGUGGAGAUUGAAAAAAGUGUUUUUGCUUCCAGCAGAGGAAAGGGUCCUUUGCUGUAAGAACCGUAAAGAUGUGGGAUUAUUUGCUUAAAGAGGUUGUGUUAACAGAUUUGAUUGAACUAUUCAAGGAGAUAAUUAAAGGAUCACUUUAGUGUCAGGAAAACAAACUCGUUAUCCUGACACUAUAUAAUCCUUAGGCGCCCUCCUCCCGCUGGGCUGAAGGGGUUAAAACCCCUUUUGCUACUUACCUUUAUCCAACGCCGGGCUCCCUCGGCGCUGGUGACCUCUCCUCUUCCUCCGACGUCAACUUCCAAGUGGAGCCGAAUGCGCACGCAUUAAAAACGCCCAUAGGAAAGUAUUUCUUAAUACUUUCCUAUGGACGUUCUGCAUGCUCAAUGUGAUUUUUGCAUUGAGCGUCGGGGAAGCGCCUCUAGCAGCUGUCAGGAAGACAGCCACUAGAGACUAGAUUAAACCUGCAAUGUAAACAUAGCAGUUCUCUGAAACUGCUAUAUUUACAGCUGCAGGGUUAAAACCUGGGGGACCAGCCACCCAGACCACUUAAUUGAGCUGAAGUGGUCUGGGUGUGACUAUAGUGGUCCUUUAAUAUGUAUGUGAUCCGCUUGUUAAUCCAAUGAGCAAUCUAGUUUCAAGAAAGAAUUGUUACCUUUUUGUGGCAAAUUAGAAAUAGCUUAAAUUGUUGUUUUUUUUUUUGCCUUCUUAUGGAUCAGCACCUUAAAGGAAUGGGUUUUAAAUGUUUAUCUCUAAGAACCUGAAUAUUUUUUUAUUUCAACCUAGAUUACUAUAUAGCUAUGUAACUUGGUAAAUUUAUAUAUUAAAAAAAAAAAAAGUAAGACUUUUUUUGAUUUUCUUUCUUUUGUUUUUUUUGUUGUUGUUUUUUUUAAUUCUUUGUCGAUUCAUGCGUAGCGGUUGGAUACAAUAGGUUUGGUAUAUGCGUUCCAAUUUGUACAUGUAUUUGUUCUGAGACACACACAUAUAUAUGGUUAUAAUUGGUGUCAUUUUACAUGCAUACAUUGCGUUAACAGGUGCUGACAAUACUGAGCAUAUAUUCCGGUGGGGAUUGAUAUGAUAGUCCAUUUGUUCCGAUACUUCGAUCUCCUUGUAAAAUCGGGGUCUUGCUCGAUGGUCGUUAUUGGAAAUCGGUAGUCGCAUGUAUUUUUGUAUCUUGAAGUUUGUAUGUCCGUGUGAUUUACAGUUUGCUAUGUUUGUACUUUCAAGCUAGAUAUAUCUACCUCGUAGUGGCAUGAAUAUUUUUAGUGAAAUGACCAUAGGUACGUCAGUAUAGAUGGGUUAAGAGAUGAGGAUACAGGGGGAAGAGGAGGAGAAUAGAGGGGGGGUUUGUAUGGGUUGUGAGCUCCGCUGAUGUGGGGCAGACGUCACUUGAGGUCACCUCCGGGGGUUUUGAGUGGUAAUUGUCACUGCGUCGGUGUGUUCGUCAGCAGUUAGUAAAGUCUUCCCGUGGUUCCCAUGUUUUGAGGAAUUGUGAGUAUCUCUGACUUGUGCUGUUAAUUUAUCCAUGAGAUGGGCCUCCUUGAUAUUACCGAUGACCCUCUCCAUGUGUGGCAUGUCAGUUUGUAGCCAGGUUUGUGCUAUGGCUCUCCUGGCAGCCAGGUUUAUUUUGUUGAGUAGGUUUUGUUCUUUGUUAGGCAGAUCGUCAACCGGUCUUGCUAUUAAGAAUGUCCAUGGGUCUGGUCUUAUCGGUCUGCGUAGCACUGCUGUCGAUAAUCGGGCCACGUCUUCCCAAAAGGUCGCUACUUUGGGGCAGGUCCACUACAUAUGUAAAUAUUUGCUUUUUUCGCAACCAGCAUGUGUCAGUGGGUGUUUUGCCCAUGCGGUGCAGCUUAACUAGGGUGGUGUACCACCCUAUAAGUGUUUUGUAACAUUGUUCUUGGUGUAGCACGCAUAUGGAUGCUUUUGCUGCUGCCUCCCAUAUGUCAAAAAUCAACCCUUAGCCAAUGGGCUCUAACUUAUAGCAUUAUAGAACAUUGUAACGAUAAACAUGGGAAAUGUUAGGUAUAUUGCUGAAGUUCUGGUUUGUAGUAUACGUUACUGCUCCUCCCUGCAUGUCCAGGUUUCAGGCCGGUCGGGAGUUACUAUAUUCCCAGCUGUCAGGCAGGGGUGGGAGAUCCUAUGGGCUGUCCGUCGGUAGCAGCAAGUCAUCCGGAACCAUGAUGUCGAAGUCUUUCAUAAAGUCUCGGAUAUUCGUAGUGGGUAACAAUAUGACUGGUUUAGGGCCAUGGUAGACUAUGAUCUUGAAUGGGUAGCCCCAUGCAAAACAAAUCCCUUUUUGCUGCAAUAGAUCUGUAACCGGUUUCCAUUCCUGUCUGCGCAGGAGUGUUGCUGGAGCGACAUCUUGGUAUAGUUGGAUUUCGAUUCCCUCGUGGGUAAAUGGUUGUGUUCUGCUAUGCCUCAGUAUGGCUUCUUUUAUUUUGAAGUAGUGCCAUUUCAUAAUGACAUCCCUCAGUGGGCUUUUCUUCGGGCCUCUGGCCCUGAGAGCUCCACUAGCCAUAAGUGGUCAGGUAUGUCUGGCAGGCUUUGACGAAAGCAUUGCACAAGGACUAAUUCCACAUCUUCCUCCUUCACUGUUUCUGGAAGGCCUCAGAUACGUACAUUAUUGUGUCUCGACCUGUUGGAGAUGUCCUCCAGUUCUAUUUCUAAAUCAGUGAUUUGUUGCUGGAGGGUAUUGGUGAGUUUGGCGGUGUCAUUUUGUGCCGUGACCAUCCGAGCCACCCUGUGCUCCGUUUCCGUUGUGUGGGCCCCUAUGGCGGCUAUCUCUGCCUUCACCUCCGCCGCUGUGCACUUGAAUUCUGCCGCCAAGUAUCCCUUCACUUCUGCAAGGGAUUGGAAAAGCGCGCUGGAAGAGGCCUCGGGGGCUGAGCUGACGCCUGUGACUGGGUCCAGGGAGCCUGUGUUACUGUGGUUGGUGUCUGCCAUGGUGCCAUGUGGCGACAGUCUUUGGGAUGUAAGCAUAUCUGCCACUGAAGGAGCGUCCUUAUUGCCCUUUUUGGCGGGCUUGUGGCUGGACAUCCGUGGCAGUUUGAUCCCGGCAGCUUCGGGUGUUCUGAGGACGGUUUUUAGUGGGGGUUUUUUUUUUGGGUUGUAGCAGGUUACACUGCAGAGUUUGUGAGCCUCUGGUGCGGAGCUCUGACUUUAGGCGGCCAUCACGGUCGGCAGUCAAGCCACGCCCUCUGUUCUUUCAUUUUGCCAUCGUACAGGAAUCCUCUUUGAUGAUGAUAAUAUUUGGAAUUGAUUGAGAUACUCAAUGGAGAGACCAGGAUUGUACUUGGGUCACAGCAAUCUACUUUUUGAGAUCAACACCCAAGAAGAUUGCCCUCUAAGAUCAAGCUUAUUGAGUUUUUGCCCAUACACUAUAUUUUUGCUUCUGUGCAUUUCCUUAGUGUAACCGUCACCUGGGGACUUAUGGAACAGUUUACAAGGAGUUGGAGCCCAGUUGCAGGAGAUGGCACAAGGAGGAUGCAAAAUCCAAAAACACAGUACAGAUAGAGGGGUAAUCCAAAGGCAGGGUCAGACGAGAAGCAGAAGUUAGGGCUGGCAGCGGAGUAACAUUGUCGGUAAAGCAGGCAGAGGUCGGAGUCCAGGAAAUCAGUCAGUAAUGUAGCAAAGAUCAGGAAACACCAAACAGGCAAAAUGACCAGAUACUAGGUUUCAAGCAGGGCUGGCUUUUACAGCCUGCUAAUUAGGUGCAGCUGACCCUAAUUGGAAAUGGGCUGCAGGUGGAUCAGUGCUGCUUAAUCCAGGGCAAGGUGGUCAGGAAGCAGAAAAAUGCUUUUAAUAUUUAUAUAUUUUUUUAUUUCCUCAAGAUACUUUGCUUUCUAUAGAAUAUACAUGUAUUUAGCCAUAUUUGAAAGAUCCAUGUUUUUGAGAGUCUGUGUUUAAAGUCUACAUCUACAUUCCUGAUCCCUCCUGAAAGAGAUAAGCUUCCAGAACUUUAGUCAUGAUCCUGAUAAACUGUAUUGCUUGAGAAUAUGAGGUUAUGUUUGUUCCACUAAAUGAACAACAUUCACCUGAUAAUGUUAAACAAAGAUAUGAUGGCAGUGACAAGGCUCUAGAAGUCCUCCACAGUUUAGUUCUUGUAAGUGAUCAAAUAGCCAGUUAUCUAUAUUACAAUUACUACUGCAAAUGUACAGAUAAUAUCAGAUUAUCUACAAAGAAUAAAGGUGAUGUCAAGCGCUUCUGUAUUUCUUGCAUGCUGGACUAGACAAGGGUAAUAUAUUAACCUAUCUGAAGGUUCAGGAAUCAUCAUUAUUCCUCAGUCAAUAACUUGUAGAAGCUUCAGUAACUCCUCUUUAACGCAAUCUGUCAUGUCUAAGACAUUUCAGACUCCUACCUCCUCUGUUCCUCCAAGGACACAGGCAUACUUGAUCAGAGCAGAUUUAUUUGUAUACGCUCUGAGAGACCAGAAUCCUUCAAAGGCCUGUUUCUAGAAAUAAAGUAUAAUUUUGCUGAUUUGACUAUACCUGUUUUUGAGAUAGAUAUAUAGAGAUUCUGGGUGUGCAUAUGCAAAUUAGCUUAACAAAGAAUCACAUUUUGCCUCAUUCCAUUUUAAACAUGGAUUCCUUUUAGUCUGCAUACAGCAGCUUGGAACACAAUUUAGGAAAUGCUAAUUUGCAUAUGCCCACCCAGAAUCCUUUGCGGUAGUAACAUCACUGCAGAUUUGUGUUUUCUGUGGGAAAAGCAAGUCUUAUGGCUUGACUGGUGUGCAGAUUUUUGUUUAACAUUGUAUUAACUAUUCACAGACUUCAGGUGGAAGGGGGUUUUCAAGCACAAUUGUUCCCCACCAUAACCUAUUUAGAUUUUGCUUCCCAAGCACUACCAUGCCUCAGUAAGCAAACCAGUAACCAAUCUCAUGCUGAUGAGUUGCAUUAACAACAAAACCGCUGUCCAUGAGUGGUUUACUGGCUUUGCAUCUUUUCUUAAGUUGUGUUCCAAGCUGUUGUAUACAGCAAACCCAGACUAAAAGGAAUCAAUGUUUAAAAUGGAAUGAGGCAAAAAUGUGAUUCUUUGUUAAGCUAAUUUGUAUAUGCCCACCCAGAAUCCUUUGCUGUAGUAACAUCACUGCAGAUUUGUGAUUUAUGUGGGAAAAGCAAGGCUUGACUGGUGUGCAGAUUUUUGUUUAACAUUGUAUUAACUAUCCACAGACUUCAGGUGGAAGGUGUUAUCAGUCACAAUUUUUCCCCACCAUAACCUUUUUGGUUAUAUAUAAUAUUGUUGGAUACCGGUAUUAUCGAAUGUUAUUCCUGCAUUCCUGGUAGCAUAUGGGUUUCCCUGUUGUUUUCCACUUGUUAUACAUCCUUUCUAUGAGGUGUUCUUUCAAGAGCUUGAGUACACAAACUGUGGUUGGAUCUUUUCACAGCAUUUGUAAGUUUUUACUGUCUUAUAAACUGUGAGAGGAGCUACUCCUUAAUAUGCAGUGCUGUGGAUUUUGGCUACGAAAAUUACCAGUAGGUAUGGAUACUUUUUCCUAUUUUCAUUUUUGAAUAGCCUGUGACAGAGUGGGUUAAAUGUAUUUAUUUUAUUCUGGGAACCUUCUUUUUUUUCCUAUUUGCCUGUGUGUGGUUUUUAAUUUAGAACUAAUCAUGUAAUUUAAAGAAACAGUAGUGUCCGGAAUCCAAACAUGCAUUUCUGCCUGUGUAGUCGCCCCUCCUUGUCUCUGGUUAAAAAGGUGAUUUACUCACGCCUGACUCCACUGCGCCCCUUUGGCAGUGCACAUCAGACUUGAUCACACAUUUUUGGCAAAGCAACUAGCAACACUAGAGAUAUUAUUAGUAGGCAGUAGCAGUGUUUACAUUAAAAAUCCUGCAGGGACAGGCAGUAGACUAUAGUGUCCCUUAAUUAAAAAAAAAUUACAAAAUCUAGACGUUUAGUAAAAGUGGAACCUUGUACUUCCUGUUCUACAGUCAUAUUUUUUUUUAUCAUAAACAAGGAAAGUCAUGAAUACAAUUUAAAGAAUUCUCAAAAGAAGUUUAUACUUUAGCCUUGCAGAUUUAUUUUCCAUCUUGGCAUAAGGUAACAUGUAAUGGCAAGACACACAGAUUAUCACAUAUAUCUGUUUGCAGCCAAGUUUAAACGGAAAAUAAAUAGUCAAUCUAAUAGUGAAACAACAUGAGAAAAAUACAUGCAUAAAGAUUUUUAAUUUACACACACACACACACACACACACACACACACAAACUUCAGUGUAAGAGUGAAUGUGAAACAUGGAGCAAUGCACAGUCUGUCUCUUAUAACCCCCUUCCUCACUUGUGAUUUAGUCCUAAAGUAAACUUGACAUGCCUGGUUCACUUUAACAUGGCAGUAAAUAUGUAAUUUAUUAUAGUGAUAUAUGCUUUUGUGCCUUUGGAGCUGUUGUAGCGUUACCUGCAGCAUGAGCACCACAAUUGCCAUAGGUUUGUUACAACCCCCUCUUUGCAAUGAUUGGUCGUGCUUGGGGACAAUCCUCACUGAUGAUAUAUGGCACCUAGGGUGGAUUUGUCCAUUGACACCUCGCAAACAAUUUAAGCACAAUAGCCAACAUAUUAUUGCAGAGAUUAUAGUGCAUAGAAGCUCUGGGUUCCAGAUACAGGUCUAAGGAUCAACUGACUGGGCAAGACAAUCUUUCCUCAAAGGAUUCUCCCCUGUGCUCUCUGUAACUGUGCUAGUCCCACAGCAAGUGUUUCCCACAAUUGCAGGACAGUAUAGCAUGCUCUUAUGCACUGAAGCCAGCACACGUGUAUUUGGAACACAGAGUUUCCUUGCACUAUAACCACUACAAUGUCAUGUAGUCUAUGGUGCUUGGAAUGUUUUGGAGGUGCCCUGUACCAAAGGGACGACUGUGCCUGGGAUCCUUAUUUAGUGUUAAACAACUCCAGUCACUUUUACCAUUUCAGUUAGUUGGAAUGAUUAUAGUUAAUGAAGGGACAGUGCCAAAGGACUCCAGGCACUAUAACCAGCUCAUGGAAUGAAUUAAUUAUAGUGUAUAUAGUCUUUUAAAUAAAAUCAUGUGUGAGGGAAUACUUGGGGCAGUUAGUAUCUUAUACUUGGUGAUCACAGCAUAAAUACCAGCUCCAAAAUUAUGUUAAUGAUGACAUGCCAAGCACAGAAACCAUUCUCUGUGUCUGAGGCAUAUUUUGUUAUUGAACAAAUCUGAACAGUAAUAAAAUACGCUAGUGUUUAAAUUAAUACACACAUGUAUAGUCUUGCUGCAUGUGAAGACUACUGUAACUUUUUGUCUUUGGUUGUCCUAUCCCAUGCUCCAUGCCAUGUGACCAGCACAGAGACGUGACUUUAGGGUAUAUCACAAUAAUGUGAUCACAUUCCUAACUGAAACAUAGUGAAGGUCAUAACCUCCUCGUGAAACAUAAUGUAUGUAAUUCUGGAUGAUUUAGUUUGCCUUUGGACAAAUAACCAAGUACAAAUCUCUUAAGAAAAAAACCAACCUAAUUUUAAAUAUAAAUGUGUGUGUGUGUAUAUACCACAGGCCUACAGUAGGAUAUGUGACUAGUUGUGUCAGGAGGCAGUGCUUUGUCCAGUUGAUUAGUUUUUAGCAUGUUCCUGUUCUACUCAAAUGGCAGUUCUCCUAGAUUAAGAAAUGUGUACACACUGUGUCAUUAAAUCUUAGACUGGCAAAUGUAUGGAUCAAAAAGUUAUAAAUGUUUAAAGACUGUUGCUUUACUAUUACUUUGCUUUACUACUCUGCUUGAGGUUAAAUGUAUGUGGCAAACUCUUUGUGCAAUGUGAGCAUACGGGGUAUUUUUUAUUUAUUUUUUUACCUUUGCAAAGAGGGCCCUUUCAUGUCUCGUUUCAAAGAGGAGUGCAUUGCGGUUAAGUAAGCUUUUCAUCUCCAUCUUUGUCUUUUUAGUAAGCAGCAGGGUUACUAUCAAAUAUCAGAGGAAAAAGAAAGGGGGUGUACCAGCGCUAAAUAUUCCCCAACCAGUGAAUUGUGUUCUAAAUAACCAAAGGAGCUGCUAUCACACCUAGUUCUUAUCUUACAAGAAUAGGAACCCAAAAACUCUUGUGGUGUAGCGCUAUAUUUACAGAUAAAGGGUAGUAAUAGAAAACUUGGUAUACAACAAUACUACCUUGAAUAUUCUUUAUGUCUUUAUAUUCACAUAAGAGUAUAAAUUCUACAAGACAUAAAAAACAGACAAACCAAACAUAGUGCAAACUGUAUAAUAAAGUCCGUUAUAGAGUAUUAGGAAGCGAAAAUUUCCCACUCACAAUUUUAGGAGCUAAUAUGGAAUAGCUCAAUAUCUGCGCUCUUGGGGUCCGUAAAGGCGACCAUCACCCUUCUUGUGUAUAGGUAUCCUUGAUUUCCUAUAGAAGUAGAAACCGUAUAUGGUGCAGUACCGUAAUUAUUUUUAAUGUGAGAUAAAUAUAAAAUAUAAUACUCACAAAAUUAGAGCCAUCCAGAUCGGCUCUAAUCCACACACUUGUGUAGUUAAGGACCACACACCUUCUUUGAAAAAUAAAAAAUAGCAGGGAAAUGCCAAUAUAUAAUAUAAAAAAGUAGUAAUUUUAUUGUAACGAUAAAUGUAUAAAAAAAAAAAAUAUAUAUAUAUAUAUAUAUAUAUAUAUAUAUAUAUAUAUAUAUAUAUAAUCAAUGAAGGAGCACUCCAAGGGAUUUUUCAAAUUAGUUUAUAAUCCGGUGUUGAAAAAAUCAGUCAUCAACGUUUCGACCCAGUGGGGUCUUUAUCAAGAUAUCAACAACCUCAAAUUAAUUUGCAUAUAUACAAAAAUACAAAUGAAUCUAACUUACCCCACCUGAGAAGUGAAGCCCGCUCACCAAGUGCCGCCGAGUAGUGCGCAUGCGUAGUGACGUCACCGGGACGUACACUUGGAAGUAUGAUCGGUAUUUGUCUCUAUUAUAUAUGGAUUUUAUAUGAUCGGAUCACAUGUGUUUAAGACUCUGAGGUGUACUAGGUCUUAUUUCUUUUCUAUUCUCCUUCUUUCACUUUUUUAAGAUGUAUAUGUCUAUUCAUACACUUCUCUUUGCUUUUUCACAUAUCACGUUUUUGUCUCUUUUCAGAGGCUCUUAUUUGUGUUUUUUCAUUCACUUUUUCUCUACACAUCCUUGUUUUUAUUUCUUAUUAUCCUCUUAUGCUUUUUUUCACUCUUUGCUUCACGUUUUUUUCUCCUAGCUACACUCUGUGUAUUUAUUUAUUUCAAUUAUGGCUCAUCAAUAUUCGAUGACUUUUCCGGUCUGUAGAUUCCUAUCUUUCCUUUUGCUUUGUUUUUAUUGAUUCAGGUUUCCAUGGACACGCUUGCGGUCCAUGGGAUCACAUGAUCACGUUAUCACGCACGUACGCACACACGUCAUGACGCACCGUCCCGGUGACGUCACUACGCAUGCGCACUACUCGGCGGCACUUGGUGAGCGGGCUUCACUUCUCAGGUGGGGUAAGUUAGAUUCAUUUGUAUUUUUGUAUAUAUGCACAUUAAUUUGAGGUUGUUGUUAUCUUGAUAAAGACCCCACUGGGUCGAAACGUUGAUGACUGAUUUUUUUCAACACCGGAUUAUAAACUAAUUUGAAAAAUCCCUUGGAGUGCUCCUUCAUUGAUUAUACAUACCGAGGCUUGGAAGCACCCGGGUAAUUUCUGUACUUUAUUUUGGAUUUAAAGGACGAGUGCCAGAGUUUGUGUGUGUGUGUGUGUGUGUGUGUGUGUGUGUGUGUGUAUAUAUAUAUAUAUAUAUAUAUAUAUAUCAAAUUGGCAUAAAAUCCAAUAGUCUCACAGUCUGGAGAGACUGUGAGACUAUUGGACUUUUGGAUUUUAUGCCAAUUUGAUAUUGCUUUUUAUUGUUUUAUAUAUAUAUAUAUAUAUUUUUAUACAUUUAUCGUUACAAUAAAAUUACUACUAUAAUUACUCUAUAACGGACUUUAUUAUACAGUUUGCACUAUGUUUGGUUUGUCUGUUUUUUAUGUCUUGUAGAAUUUAUACUCUUAUGUGAAUAUAAAGACAUAAAGAAUAUUCAAGGUAGUAUUGUUGUAUACCAAGUUUUCUAUUACUACCCUUUAUCUGUAAAUAUAGCGCUACACAACAAGAGUUUUUGGGUUACUAUCAAAUAUAUCCAGCAACAGCACGAAAUACUGAGAUUUGUUUUUGUAUCUGUCUAAAAAUAAUUAACGUGUACUCAAAGCACUAUUACAACUUGCUCUGCUGCGCCUUUUUAUUUUUAAAAUGUUUCAAUCCAGAGAAUAAAUUCUCCCUAUUUAUGUUGUCACAGAGCAUCCCUGCAGCUAUACAUAUUGGAGCAGUAUCUCUAUAUCUGGAAUGCAGGCCAGAGAAGAUUGGAAAACGUAAUUCCUAUCAUGCUCAGUAAGCUUCUAGUUGAGAUUUAUGGAAGUUAAAAUGUAUAUGAUGUAAUGGAUAGUGAGUCAAUAAUUUUCCAAGCAGCAUAUGUCUAAUAUUAUGCCAAUCCUCCUCAUGGUUGAGUCUGAUAAGAGUUUUAGUCUUCAAUAGGGAAGCUGGGUGGAUGUAAAUUAAAAAAAAUUAAAAAUAAUAAUAAUUUAAGAGUGUUGGGGGAAAUGAGUGUCUGUCUGUCAGUGAGUGUGUCUGGCAGUAAGUGUAUUCAUCUGUCAGUGAGUAUUGACUGCUAUUUUGGUGUUAAGAAGGAAUUUUUUCCUAGUUUGUUGCAAAAUUGGAAGCGCUACAGACUGGGUUUUUUGCUUUUUUUGGAUCAACAGCAAAACCAUAUGUGAGGAAGGCUGAACUUGAUGGACGCAAGUCUCUUUUCAGCAUGUAACUAUGUGCGUUUGUCAGUGUGUGCAUCUGUUAGUGAGUGUGCAUCUGUCAGUGUGUGCCUGAAUAAUAGUAUGUGUCUGUCAGUGUGUCAAAUCAGUGAGUGUUUGAGUGUGUGUCUGUCAGUGUGUCAAAUCAGUGAGUGUGUAUAUCUUUGUUUGUCAGUGUGUGUGUAUGUAUGUAUGUGUGUAUAUAUGUAUAUAUAUAUAUAUAUAUAUAUAUAUAUAUAUAUAUAUAUAUAUAUAUAUAUAUAUAUAUAUAUAUAUAUAUAUAUAUAUAUAUAUAUAUAUAGGUAGAAAAUAGUGAAAAGCACUCCAGGGACUUUAUAUAAGGUGAAAAAAAGAACUUAGCUUUAUUCGGCAACUGCCAGAAGUGAUCAACGUUUCAGCUCACACAUGGAGCUUUCGUCAUCCUGACGAAAGCUCCAUGUGUGAGCUGAAACGUUGAUCACUUCUGGCAGUUGCCGAAUAAAGCUAAGUUCUUUUUUUCACCUUAUAUAAAGUCCCUGGAGUGCUUUUCACUAUUUUCUACCUAUUACUUGUGCCGACAAGCACCGGGCCAUAUAGAUUAUCUUACAGGAGUGCAAGCAUUGGACAAUAUUGUGUGUGUGUGUAUAUAUGUGAGUGUGUAUAUGUAUGUAUAUGUAUAUGUGUGUGUGUGUCUGUCAGUGAAAGUGUGUGUUGGUUAAACAGUACGUGUGCCAAUGACUGUUUGUUUCUUUUAGUGAGUGUAUAUCAGUGAAUGCAUCUGUAAGAAAGUGUCUGUCAGUCAAAGUGCGGCCUUAACAGGAAGCACAAAUCCAAAAUACACUACUGGUUGUACUGGCGUCUGGCAGCUAAAGCACCACCAGGAGCUGAAAAAGAUGGAAGGGCAUGGCAGUGACUGCAAGGGACAUGUUAGGGUAAGUAUAACUCUUUCCCCUGCAUCCCCAAGCUACCGGACAACCAGCGGCAAUGUCACCGUCCAGGUUCUUUGCAAAUUAUGCAAAGACUACAGACCGGGACAAAGCCAUUUUACAUAUCGAUGUUAAACCCAUGAUUUUUACAUGCUUAAUUGGUAGCAUGUGGAAGUGUGCAAAAUGAUCGGUAUUUUGAUGGCAUAUUAUUAUUGUGGUUUAUAAAGAGAUAAUAUAUUGUGGAGCACGGUGUCAGAAAACAUAUUCCUUAGUACUCUGACUAGCUGGAUCCAACCAUUCUGUUGUCGAAGCCUUGCUGCUAUUCCUUGAGGCGCUUCCUGAGCCAGUGAUCUGUUACCAAUCUUAUGACCAAUGCCUGGAGUGUGCUGGAGAUUAUCCCAACAGCAAAGAGGUAAGCGGGCAUUCUCAAUUAUUUGACUAUGAAAACUAAAAAAAUCUAUUCUUAUUAUUCACUAAACUUCAGUGAAAUACAUUUCAAUAACCCUUUAUAUCUUCUAAAACUGGCAAAACAAAACGUCUGUGUAGACUUUGUAUCGCAAAGUUGUAUUUCCACACAGUCCUCAGAAUUCACUGUUGAGUAAAUCACCUGAAACAGUGAGAAUGAGUCCAUUUUAUUUUUGGUCAUGUGAAAACCUGGUGUCUAGAAAGAUUGUACUGUGAUUAUAUAUGAGGGCCCAUGGUUUAAUAAGUAAACUCAAAUGAGAAUCCAAAUCUCAUCUGUCAUAAACUUGUAAAAAGUCAAUAAACAGAACUCCAGUAAUUCAUAUUGUGUAUUUUAUCUGAUAUAAAUGGACUAUGCAUUUCUUUUACACUAUAAUCAAUUGCAGCUCUCUGGAAUGUAUUAAAGCAGGGGUAAGCAACAUUUUGGUAGCGCUGUACCAAAGUAAAGUCCCUUCGUCGAGCCGGUCCUAUUUUAUUUGUUAAAAAUGUGAGGAAUUCAGCUUGUGUUAUGUAUGGGUGUGGCAGAUCAUUUUGCGUUGUAUGUUUGCGAAAUAUAUGUAUUGUGUGUGUGUGUGUUAUGUACAGUGGCAAGAAAGUUAUAUGAACCCUUUAGAAGGUAUUGCAUUUAUGUAUAAAUGGUUCUUAAAAUCGUGUUUGAUGUUCAUGUAAGUUAAAGUAAUUCUUGUGUGUAUUGAAUAUAUCAUUCGGAGUUUCACAAUGUAGGUUGGAAAAAGUAUGGCUAAUGACUUGAAAGCUAAAUAGAUUUCAAAAUUGACAAACCUGGUGUUGAAUUAAUGAAAUGAGAUUGGAGGUGUGGGCCGUUCAGCCCAGAUGACUGAAAAUGCAUACAACACAAUUCUCAUUGAGAUGAAACGGAAACAUAGAGUGACAGCUAAAGAUUUAAAGAAAUUGUUGGAAUUGGUUAACAUCACUGUUAAUGAAUCUACAAUAUGAAGAACAUUGAACAGGCAAGCGUUUCAAAAAAAACACCAUUGCCUUUUGAAUAAAGGAAGUUUGUGCAGGUUUAAUCCUCCAAUACCAAAAGUGUUUGGUUGAGGUUACUAUUGCCAAUGGAUGAUCUAUUCUCUGUCAAAUUGAAGUGUUUAUUUGCUUUUUUUCUCAGCACUGUGAUUGUUUAAUGGGAUGUGUUCAAUAAAACAUGAAUGAUUAUAAUUGUUUGUGUUUUGUUGGCUUGAGGAAAUGUUUGUUUAUACUUGUGACUUUGAUGAAAAUAAAAUGUUAUGACCAAUCCAUACAGAAAACAAACUAAUUCCAGAGGGUUCAUAUACUUUGUUGUGCCACUGUGUGUGGGAUGACUGUGGUGUUAUGUGAGUGAAUAUAUGGGCUGUGUGUAGUGUUGCACAUAGCAUUCUCCUUUGUGGUAGGGAGUGUGUAAACUGCUUGUUAUGCACAGGAGUGUUUUGCUUGUGUUAUUCAUGAAUGUUUGGCUGUCUUUGGUAUUUAUGAAUGUGUAUGUGGGCUGUUCAUUGCAUUUGUUUUUCUGUGUGUGGGGGCUGCCUGAUGAUUGUGUAUAUUUUGUGUGUGUAUAUGUGAGUUGUUUGCAGUAUUUGUGUGUAGUGGGGACUGUCUGUGAUGUUGCGUGUGUAUGUAGGUUGGUUUUUUUAACAGUGUGUGUACUUUCUGAGGUUUUGUGUGUGCUGUCUGUGAUGUUAAGUGAGUGUAUGUGGGUUAGUUGUAAUAUUUUUGUAUGAUGUGGGCUGUCUGUAAUAUUAUAUUUGUAUGUGGCUUGCCUGUUGUGUUAUGAAUGUGUGGGGCUGUGUGUGUAUGAUGGGUGUAUGUGGGUUGCUUAUAGUAUGUGGGGGGUGGAUAUAUCUGGUGUUGUCCACUAAACAAGGAUUGGCCAUCAGAAUUUGGCUUCUUUUAAUUUUUAUUGUUUAGGGUUGGAAGAUCAUGUCAGCAAUGAUUACUUCAACCAAAAAUGUUUUUUGGUUGGAAUUGUUAACCCUUUAAGUAAAGCAGGGGUAGGCAAUCUUCUGCAUUACAGAUGCGGACUACACCUCCUCCGAUGCUUAGCAGCAUUAUAGCUGUAUGAGAAUUAUGGGAGAUGUAGUUCACAACAUCUGUCAUGUCAAAGGUUGCCUAUACCUGGAUUAGAGUGAUAAAAAUGUGAAAAUACCAUAGUAUAUAUUAAAUCUGAGAAACAUUCUGUCAGGUCUUAUUAUUAAGAUUGUUAUUAUUCACGAGGAUUUUUGUGUGUGUAUUAUCUGUGCUACUGUUGAUACAAUUAAUUUAUAUAAUUAUCCAUGGUAAGCACACAUUACAUUACAGCAUGUUGAAGUGGUUAUGAUGCCAGAGAUGCCCAGAUCGGCCGCUAGGCCCCGCCCCCCCCCCUCCUCCCGGCACCAUUUUAGCACUGCUGGGCUACUGCUUCACAUCCACUGCACCCGGUCAUAGCCAACAAGGGACUGUGACUGUGCUCCUCGGCUGAGAGUGUUUAGCUCAUAUUCUCAGCCAAUGAGUGUGGUCCUGCUUUGCUCUAAAGAGCAAUCCAGAUUAUGCGUGGAGUGUUCCUUUAAUUUUGUGAUUUAUCACCAUCUAAAAAACACAAAAUCCACAAUAAUAGAUAAUUUCCAUGAAUAAACUCUAAAUAACCAUUGUCUGCAACCCUCCCCUAUUUAUGAUCAAAAGCUUGCCAAGACUUUCAGAAUUAAAUGGGAUUUGUCCAAGUGUUUUAUGAAGGGGUUAACUACAGAUAUUUUCCUUUUAACUAAACCAACAAUGCUAUCAGGAUCUCUUGAUUUCAUCACUACUGAUAUCCUCAUCAUGUGCUCUGUUCUGCAAUAUCUGAUCAUUUCAAAUUAUGUUAAUUUCAAUUUUAGCCUUAAAGAAAAUCACCAACAAAAUAGCAAUACCCACGACAAAUUCAAUUUUAUGAAUUUCACAAGUCACUGAAUAUUCUUUCAUUUUAUGUUCUGUAUUAAAAAGGAUUCAGGGCAAAGUUCUAAAAGCCCACUGUUAGAUUCAUAUACAAUUCUUUGUAUGCAACUCCUAUGAAUUUUGCUUUCUUUCCACAAUUUGUCAUUUUAUGGUGUGCAUUUAAGCGUUUGCUUCUAUACUGAUGAAAUACUGCAUACAAUUGGUAACAAUAAAUUGACCACAUUAACAUAUUUUUCUUGUUUUGCAGGUGAUUUCAUCUUUACCUUUCCAUCACAAAAAUGUAUUUAAUUAUUUGACCUCAUUUCUACGGGAGCUGCUGAGUAAUUCCACACGGAACCACUUGGAUAUUAACAUUUUGGGUAAAUAAAAAAAAUGUGCAUCUCCCAUUGUAACUAUACAUAUUUAUUUUAUUAUUAGAUGUUCCACAGUGUGCACUAGCACCUUUUGGUUAUUAUUAUUAUUUAUAAUUUGUAUAGGUGUGGUGGUUACCUUCAUUGGUGUUGUGUAGCUGCACCAUAGUGUUCAUAUUACACUGCUUCUUAUUUAAAAAUAUUUUCAGUGCAUCUGUUAAUUUGUUUAAAAUUGUCUUGUCAGUUAUACUCCUUGAAAAUUACAUAGCAUGUCUUUAAUUUGUAUAGUGUGAACAAAGUUAGGUUGUUUUUUCUGUAAAAUUCUACUUGAUCUAUGCAUUAUUAUUUUUUUUUAAUGUAUAAAAUGUUAUUUAGUGUUUGGGGGAGGAAGGGGGGGUCAUUAAAGUUAUGUUUUUUUUUUUUAAUGGAUGAUAAUUUAGUAUGAAGUGGAUGCUCUGGACAAUUGCCUGCCUCUUGAGUUUAUUUUCGCUGAGCUAAACAACCAGACCAGGAAUUAACAGGACAGCCAGAAUGGGAGGGUUUGGUGGUGUAAUAAGGUUAAUUUAUAAAAGUGUCCAUUUCUGUUGAAAGCUGCACCUUUUUUUGUUGUUGUUGUUGUUUGUUUUUGUAGAGUGACAAAAAAACAAGCUUCUUAAUACCCAAAGCACUUAAGCAAGCUUUAAAGGGACACUAUAGUCACCAGUGCAACUACAUGUAUUCUUGACCAUAUAGUGUUAACACCACCAUCUAGCCCCCCUGGGCCCCUCUUGCCUCCAUAAAUAGAGUAAAAGUCUUACUGUAUUCAAGCCAGAAGCUGUAACUCUGCAUGCUGUUUGCCUAAAAAAAAAAAAAAAAAAAACAAGCAGUCUGCUGACAUCAUCAUAAGUAGUAGCCUGAUCCAAUCACAGUGCUUCCCCAUAGGAUUGGCUGAGACUGACAAGGAGGCAGAUCAGGGGCAGAGCCAGAAUGAGUCAAACACAGCCCUGGCCAAUCAGCAUCUCCUCAUAGAGAUGAAUUGAAUCAAUGAAUCUCUAUGAGUAAAGUUCAGUGUCUGCAUGCAGUGGGAGGAGAUACUGAAUCACAGGAUGCUCGUGAACAGCAGAUCUGAGUGGAUGGAGGCAUACCAAAGUCCCUCUGGUUCACUGUGACUGCAACUGGAGGUGUUAUUAGCUUUCAAUGUAAACACUGUAUUUUCUCAGAAAAUACAGUGUUUACAUGAGAAAGGCUGCAGGGAGCUAUAGUUCUCACCUGAACAACCUCAGUAAGCUGAAGUUGUUCAGGUGACUAUAGUGUCCCUUUUGGGGUCUGAAGUGUCCGUUUAAGCUUUAUUGGGAUAGACUUUAAAGGGACACUUCAGACCCCCAAAACACUUCAGCUUGAUUUUUUUUUUUUAGAAGUAGUUAUUGGCACUUUUAUAAACUUACCUUGUUACACCGACCUUGCUGUCAAUCAAACAACCAGUCCUGUUACUUCCUGGUUUGGUUAGCUCAAUGGAGCUAAAAUUAAGAGGAAUACAAUUGCUACAAGCACUUGUCUUGCAAAGAUUUCUCACUGGGCUGCUAGGAAGUCUGUGAUUGAACAGCUACAGAAAGUCUGUGGUGGGGAAGAAGGGCGGUGGGGCGUGCAAAGGCCUCAGGAAAGAGAUCAACAGUUUUUGCAAGCUGUUUUUAGAAAUACCUUUUAAUGGGGAAAAAGAAUCAUAAUUAAAUGUAUGCAUGUUUGUUUUUUUUAUUUGUUGCAUACCUUCUAAACCGUGAUUUUUAUAUUUGAAAUUGGGCAAUGGAGUGUUCCUUUUAAUGUUUCCAUGUAUGUGCCCCUCCCUCCCUACUUAUUAUAACCCUGAUCAGCAUCUUUAUAGCAGAAACAAAAAUACCUAUUCAUAAAUUGGAUGUUUAAAGACUGACUAAUGUGGUUAUGGUGUCUGGUGUCCAUGGGCAAAGGGUUCCGCAACACUGCUGAUUUACUCACUGUUUAGAAAUAAUUGGUUCCCUGCAGCUUAGCCUCCUGUUACGAUAUUGCGGAGGUGCAGUUAUGGCUACCACCUUGCACCAUACCAAUCCAUACCAGGGAUUGGGACAGUGAUUAGCUGAGAGUACUCAGCAGAAGCUCUCAGCUCAUUACUGCCUGGACCUCUGGUAUGGCAUGAAGCAAAGCAUAGCUUUGCCUCUGCAAUUUCAUCAGAGGAUGGGCUGGCCGCUGCUGUGGGCCGAGCUUCUCUGCUAAGCUGUGAGUAUACCAUUUAGCAGUGAUGUGCCCAUGGAUCUAAAGCACCAUAACCACUUAAAUAAAUGGAAGUGAUUGUAAUGCCUACAGUGUCUCUUUAAAAAGAAAACAAAAAGUAAAUAUUUUAUGUCUUGAGACUGUUGAAGAAUAGUGUUGCAUGAAUGAGUGUGUGUGUGUGUGUGUGUGUGUAUAUAUGUACGAGUCCUGUAAGUGAUCUCCAUGGAGGUAUGAAUAUAUAGAUAUACAUACACGUGUGUUUAUAUAUCAUCUGAGGUGGUAAGACAUAGCCUUACAUAUUACAUGUGACAAUACAUGGCGCAAUGACUUAUGGGGCUGGCAUAGAUUUUUUUUCCAGGGCUGCUUUGUAUCCCCAGUAAAAUCGUUUUACAUAUCGGGACAUAUCCACAAUCACCUGUACUGUAGCAGGUCUUAAAAUUGGGUAACUGCAACCUCAGAUGAACAACUACACAUGGCAUAUUACUUGUCCAGGGCCGGACUGGGGAUACAAAGCAGCCCUGGAAAAAAAUCUAUGCCAGCCCCAUAAGUCAUUGCGCCAUGUAUUGUCACAUGUAAUAUGUAAGGCUAUGUCUUACCACCUCAGAUGAUAUAUAAACACACGUGUAUGUAUAUCUAUAUAUUCAUACCUCCAUGGAGAUCACUUACAGGACUCGUAAUAGUGGUAAGAUGCUUUUAUUCAGCAAAUAUUCAUAAACAAAUAAUGUUGACGUUCCAGUCCAACUGGACUUUUCUCAAGACCUGGCUCACUGACAGACAAUCUCACUGACACGCACAAACAAGCUUAUUGGUAUACACGCACAAACUUACUACAGACAAGCUCACUGACACACACGAUCCAUACAGAAAAGCUCACUGACACAAACAAGCUCACUAAGGAAAAACUCAUUGACACACACAUGCUCACCACAGACAAACUCACUGACACACACACACACACACGCGCUUACUACAGACAAGCUAACUGACACACAGCCUCACUACACACAUGCUCCCUACAGAAAAGCUCACUGGAAACACACAUGUUCUCUACCAAAAAAGCUCACUGACACACAUGCUCACCACAGACAAGCUCAUUGACACACACAUGCUCCCUACAGAAAAGCUCACUCGCACAUGCUUACUGCAGAUAAGCUCACUGACGCGCACACACACAUGCUCACUACAGAUAAGCUCACUCACACACAUACAAGCUCACUCAUUAGCAGACACAUGCGCGCACACACACACACACAAACAAGCUCACACCCCCUAUCACUGUAAUGGCUGAAGCUUACCUGCCACUGGUAGGUGAAGUUGCCAUUUUGUGGCCUCUUCCAGCGAGGUGUGGGGCGCAGCUUGUGUGUGGUAGGCAGAACUUCCGUACAGAAGGUGGGAGUUAUAUGCCGGGGCGGGGCAUGCUGCUGAAAUUUAUGUAAACUGACCAGUCUCCCUCCGGCUGCCAGCAGCCUAAUUGUGGCCGCACCAGCCUCAGCUCCUCCCUCUUUACUCCCCUCGGACUGACACAGGCUGGCACAGUCUGAGGGACAAAAAUUUUAAAUGACAUUAGCCUCAUGAUUUGGGCUGUCUACCAGGCCCGAGGUGCCGCUGCCUACCGGGAGAUUUCCAGGUAUCCCGGUGGGCCAGUCCGGUCCUGACCGUGUCAUGAUUUAUUUAACAAAAUUAAGCCAAAAUGUAGAAGUCCUGAUCUGUAAAACUAAAGAAUUCAAACAAUGUGUACUUUAUUUUUCCCAUGACUGUAAUAUAUAAAUUUAUAUAAAAUUGUAAAUAAGGAUAACCUAAUACCUAAUUAGCGUAUACCACUUUAUUAUAAUGCUAGAUGUCUUUUUUUUACUCCUAGCAAGUAUAUUUGGAAAUCUACUUCUUCGACCCCCACCUACCCAUACACAACCCAGCAACACGGACAAGAGGAAGUGUCAGGAAUUCAUUCAGCAGUUCCUCCUGCAUGGGCAAAGUACAUGAUCUUGGGUUUUUAUGUAUCGAGUCAUUUUCAGGACUCCAAACAAAGUUUUUUUCCCCACUACAGAAGAAAGUGUCUGCCAGGUCUAUGUCUGUAAUUUGACAUGUGACCUGAAAUAAGCACAAGAACAGUGUCUGUCUUUUGAACUUAGUGCAUAGCCAUUGAUUAGAUUCUGUACUGUAAAUUCACAUGCAAUACAUAGUUUACUCAAUAAACCACUGUUUAUAGUUAAAGUAACCCUUGCUGGCAUGGUCCCAUAAAAAAAAAAAAUAGAGAAAGAAAUAAAAGUGUAACUUACCUGCGAUCCCACGCUGGGCCACUUUUUCCAUGUAGCUUGCUCCACUUUUGGUGAUGUCACUCUCGCUUACUGCAGAAGAGGGAUGUCCACAAGGAUGGGUUAAGGAGAUGACUUGAAUGCGCAGAGGGCCAUGUCACCAGUGGACAUCUGUGCUAGCAUAUUAUGCAUGCUAACGGCAGAUGCCCAAUAUGAACAGAAUUAACAUUAGCCAACCCAGAACUCGUGUCAGGCUGGCUAAUGAAGUUAUACCUCUUGCAGCAAAGUCCUUUCACUCUGUAUGUACAGUGUUCUACUGAGAAAUGCUGCACAUGAAGACUCAAAGCACCAUGACCAUUUAAAAUCUCUAAAGAAGUCAUGGUGCUUGGAGCAACCAUAAUAAUAUUGGCCUCUUUGGUCUAACCCACUUAUCAUGAGAUAAAGAUACAGCUAAUCACCUGUUUCUUUAACAUGCUAUGUGCUUGCAUUGUUCUUGGAUAUGUGCAUUUUGAAAUUUAAUGAGCUGUCAAGAUUAAUAAGCUGCUAAUGGUUUAUUAGUGUAUUAAUUGUUGAACUUGGAGAAGUGUUUGUAUUCUUGUGAUGUGCAGUAGAUGUACAACACUGUGCCCCAUUUUGGAAAAUCAUAGUUUGAAUUUGCGGCACUUAAUGAUAUGGUAAUCCUUUAAAUAACCCCAAGCAAAUGUAAAAUGUAUUUUGUUUUCUUCCGUAAAAUUAAUAAUUUAUUUGGGGGAUCAGUGCCAGCAAUGUUAUUUAUACAAUAUUAAAAAAAUUAUCCAUCACAAUAUUUGGAUUGCAGAAGGCUCAUAGGAAGUAGUAAUCUUUUUAGUGGUCAAAUACAGUUUUUAUUUUUUAUUUUAUUUUUAAAGCAACUCUAUGUAAUCGGGUAAGACAUUUAUUUUAUCAUGUGGUCAAAGACCAUCUGCUGGUUAUUAAAGUCCAAUUAAAAUCUGAAUCACAGUAUUUUGAUCAUUCAGCAAUUACCAGAAUAGUUAUUAUCUGUGGGCAUUUCAGUACAUUCUACAUAUCAUGUGGACAAGACUGAAUUAGUUCUAUAGUUACCCUAAAGUUACCUUAAAGUAGCACUGUCAAUUGAAAUGUUCUACUUAUACAGCACUUUAAAAACAAUUUAUAUCUUGUGCAGACCAUUCUGCAUAGUAGUUUUCUUAAUAAAUAUUUAAGAAACAGUUUCACAUUAACCUUUGCUAUUAUUAGUUACAUUGUGGGCACUUCUCUUAAUUGAAGUUCAAACACCAUAUUCCACUUCCUUUCCUGCUAAUAGCUACUUGGUAAAUCUGAUUCUGGUUGGAUGCUGACAUCACAAGCUCUAUGCAGAUGUUCUCCAAUGUAAGAUGCUAUUCUAGGAUAGCCAACUCAACACUGACAACUGGCAGGUCUGGGAAUUACACCUAAAUUUAUAAGAGGACUGGCACUUCCCCGAAUUUUAACAUAUCCACUCCAGUUAAUAAUGAUGUAUUUGUGAGUUCUGAAAAUGAAAUUAAAUGUAGGAAUCCCCACACCUCUUUAUCUUUAACUAGGUACCUCCAUCUUGACUCAGUCGGUGUAAAGAAAGCAUACAGACAAGAAACAAUGAUUGCAUUUCUCAUCCUCCAGUGUGUAUGGAUACAACUGGAGUAUGAUGUGAUUUUCCAAAUAUUUAGUAUAAAUAUGGAUAAAAAUCACGUUAACCCUCUUUUUUUUUUUUUACAUUUUAAAUGUUUUGUUUAAUUGUGUAACUUCCAGAGAAGUAGUAAUUCCAUGUUAAAACCACGAUUUUGGUAAAAAUAUUAGAGAUAUUUUUUCCAAUUGAUUAAAGUACAUUUUAGUGACAGUGCCACUUUAAAAUCUACACCACAGACCUACUUGAUUGAUACUGGCGGUAAGGAAGUGCUUUGAUGAGCCAGUAACCUCUUACAUUUAAAGUAAAUACUAUUUUUAUGCAUAUAUAGUAUAUAUUUUUCAGUUGUAAACAUUGUUAAUGUAAAAUUCUUUGUACAAAGUGUUUUAGAUAUUUCCAGACAAUUGUAUUUUUUAUUGUGAAUAUAGAUUUUAUAAAUGCUUUAUCGACCACUCAGUCUAGUUUUAACUACUGUACAAUUAUAUUUCUAUCUUUGAGUAAGUGGAUUUACAUUUUUUUUGUAUGAAG